CGGCUUUGAUGAAGGGAAGAGGGGGAGUGAAGGCGUGCCCCCUCUUGUCCUCUCUAUUUGUCAAGCUGUCUGCCCUUGUCCACCCCUGGGUUUCCCCUUGUGGCAGACAGAUGGACUUAACGGGCGGACGGACGGACAGGGACGCCCUUCCCUCAGCUGUGAACCCAGACUAACACGAGCCAGGCUUGAUUCAUUCUUGACUUUUAAUCUUUUCACGCUCACUAAGGGAUUACGAUAAGAAUUAUUUGCUCCCUUAUUUGAAAAAGUCGAGUUUGUUUGCGGCUCAGGAGUUGCGUUUCAGAUCCGUGUUCCUGUUCUCGCCAGUUAUUCAAGACGACGUUAUCGGCGUGUCUGACAUCUGACCCGGUGUCUUUCGACCCACCUUCCCUGUCUGUCUCAUUUGAGGAAGUUUCACCACACUCCUCUUGAAUCAAGUGACUCAAAGUCAAAGAUCUGCUAAUAAGGAAACUCUGACGGCACUGCUCACUUUCUCACUUUCUCCUUCUGUCAAUCAUUUCACUUAAUAAAAAAACACGCACAUUGUUUUAACUUCUGCCUUUUAUUUCGCGGUGAAUGAAACAGUAGCAGCACUUCAGCUCAGCAGGAUAAGCUGAACAUGAAAACUGCAAGAACAAAAGUAGUUGAUUUCACAAGUUUGGAAAGCCGGCGAAGGGUUGCUUCAUAUGUGACCCUUUAAGCUUUCUUAAAGGCCUUUGAUUACAAACGAAACAUUCAUCACGAACAUGUCUCGGUCUGAACCUUCACAGAUAAAAUACAGACUUAUGAUCUAGUGCGAAGGGGCGUUUCCACGUGGGAGCAAAGAAUCGCUCUAUCUCAAUCUCCCUUUCUGUCUGAGCCACGAGCUUAAGCAGUCAAGUGAGUGGAUUUAUAGACCUGAGGCUUAUGGCUUAGACACGAUUGCUUGAAUUGGCUCCAUCUCAAUUAAAAUAAAUGGUUUUAACUCCUAAUGAGGGAAUGGCGCAUGGGGGGAAGACUGAGACAGUAAUACAAGCUCACGACAUGCUCCUUGGUUUUAAUAAAAGCGUUGAAAAUGGCUUUUCAUUCAGCGGCUGAAAAAAAAAAAGCAAAGCAGGGAAAAAUCACAUGUUUCCAGAUGAAAAGGAGCGCCCCAAGGAAGCCUUAAAACAUACAUUUAAGUGCUCUUUAAUGCAUGGUAGAUGUUUACAACAGCCAAAGGGGUCAUAGUUCAAAUCUUAAACAGCUCUAAAUUUAAAGGUUAACUAAAAGGGCCCCUUCUUCUUUCCUAUUUCGCUCCCAUUUUCUCUGAAAAGCUCUUGCACUUGUGUAGCCUCUCCUCUUUUUUUUUUUUCUUUACUGUGUUCAGCUGUAAAACAUUUGAGGAAACUUUAUGCUUCCCCAUUCAGCCCAGAGUGUAACUGGAGGUUCUCCGCUGGCUAUAAAAAAAGAGAAGGAAAGGAAAAAUGGUUGAGGGCAGGAUGAGGUCUUCGUCUCUGUGUCUUCACAGCGCGGGCCGCGGGCCAGGCACACUCUCAUGCAAAACCUCAUGCUUGCUACUCUUUUUUUUUCUUCCCUUUUUUUUUUGUCUUGAAGGCGGAACAGUGAAGCUCCAUGAAAAAUGAACUACAUGACUGCAAAAUCUGAAAUUUGUCGUCUUCUUUUUGAUGUGGAGAAGAGCGAAUGUGUGUGGACAAAUAUGUUGUUUCAAGCUUGAAGGAGGAUUAUUUUUCGUGAUUUAUAGCGUUAAAGGACAAAAUGGACACUUCUCUAAAUUUAUGUAAAAUGUAACGUUGAAACUGCUCGCGUAGCUCAGCAUAAUAACUAAUGCUGCGUUCGAGUUACCUUGAAAGUCAGAAGUCUGAGCUGAAAAUGACGUCACACCGGAGUUGACGGAGCAAAAUCGGAGGCCUGAAACAAGAUGGCAACAUAGACGAAAGUUAUUCUAGCGCUUGCUUUAUAUCCGGACAAGGGAAGCUCUAAAAUAACUUUGGUAGAUGUAGCCAUCUUGUUUCUGCCUCUGAUUUUGCUUUUCUCAGACUCGGUAACUAAAACGCUGGGAACUUGGGUGUGGCGUCAUUUUCAGCUCCGACUUCUGACUGUCGAGGUAAUAAAACAACCUCCAUAACAAAAAAGAAUCCAAAAAAGAGCAUCAAUUUGGUCCAGCAGACUUGGUUUUUUCCCCAUCUACAUCUUAUAUUAGAUGUCUUAAAACAACUUAUACCCUAGUUGCUUAGAACAUGGCUAACAAUAGCAGAGCUAGCACCACCACCUCUUUGCUGGUUGUGGCCCACAUGCAUGAACCAUGAAGCAUAAAAAUAUGACAAUGUGCCAUUUGCAAAUUCUUUGGAUUUUCCCAAAUGUGGAACCAGUUAACCAAGGUCGCAAACAUCCACGGUCAAACCCUGGUGAGUAUUUGUUUUGUGUUUGCCUUUUAUGGCUGUCUCAUACAGCCAAGAGCCGCUUUUUCCCAUACAAAACAGCCGCAGGCUGAUCACACACACAACAUCUGACAAAUAAGAGCACUGACUCGCCACCAGUGUGGUCUCAAAAGCCUUCACUUUUCUUCUUUGAAGUCAGAAAAACUCCCACUCGAAGUCACUUGAAAGGUGAACAAAGAUGCCAAACAUAUUUAAAUGAAGGCUGCGGAGACAACAACACACAGACCUACAUGAAGGUUUACGGCUUUUUGACCCCUCCCAGAUAAACAAGAAUGACCUGCCUCGUUUGUGGAGGGGCCGGUAGAGCACACGAAACUUUUGUAAGUGUUCUCCGGCUGAGGGAGAAACUGAAGCAGACACAAACAGAAGGGCUUAUAAAUCCCAUGCCACAUUUCCAAGCAUGAUCAUUCUAAAUAAUAGCCUCCCUUGUGCUUAGACUGAGGUUUGGGCUGUGUGGAGGGUGGUCAUGGGGCUCCCCAAUGUGAUGGCAGUGCACUAAUCUGCCCUGCAUGGCCCGUUCACAUGUGUUCACACCAUUGUUUCCACAUUCUAAACAGGAACUGCAAUGUUACCCAAGGGAAUUAUAAAUUUUGUGCGCAGAAACCCUCCAUUAAUUCCUGUUCUUGUUUAAAGUCAGCAUGUCCUUGUAGUUUUAUCACUUCUUGUGCUUGUUGUUGUUGUUGAUUAGGGGUGAUGUUAGCUCAGUUACUUGGAAGCAGCUUUGAGCACUCCCAUUAAUUUUAGCUUAUUAAACUUACACGUGUGUGCUUAUUACCCUUACUGUUUUAAAUCUUAGUGUAAAAGUUGACAAUGAUUUCGACUGGAUUAACAAAUCAACUCUGUUGUUACAUCCAUUUUUUAUCAUUUGAGGCUUUUAUACAAGAUUAAAUCGGUUUUAUCUUUUAAUGAUUUUGAACGAGUCAUUCAUGCUUUUAUUUCCACAUGGUUGUACUACUGUAAUGCUCUUUACGUCGGUGUUGAUCAGGCUUCCCUCACGCGCUUACAGUAAACUUACUGGUAAAUGAAAACAUGGCCACAUCACUCCCACUCCAGCAUCCCUCCAUUGGCUUCCCCUUCAUUCAAAAAAUUUCCUGUUUGUUUUUAAGUCUUUAAAUGGAUCAGAACCACAGUACAUCUCUGACCUCUUCAAUGUUUAUACCCUCCCACGUUCCUUGAGGUCUGCCGAUCAGCUCCAACUAGUGGUUCAAAAAACUCGUUGGGCGACUGAGCUUUCUCCGCUGUGGCUCCCAAAUUAGGAGCCAAAUCCCAAAUCCCACUCGAGAUUAAAACAUCCCCCAGUCUUUCUACUUUUAAAUCAUAUCUUAAAACUCAUUUUUAGCUCAGCUUGAGAGUUGUGUGAUCUCUAUCCUUUUAUGCCUUUUAUGGUCCUUUUAUCACUUUAAUUUCUUUUAUGGUUUGUGUUUUUAUUUCAUUUAUUUUAUUUUAUUUUAAAUGUUUUUACCUGCUUUUAUUCAUUCCAUCUUGAUGUUUUCUGCAGUAUAUAAAUAAAGUGGAUUAGAUUUUGAUUAAGGGUUUUUAAGUAUGUCACACAAUUUACUUUUACAGACUUGCUUUUAUGUGAUGCCAUCUUUUAUCUUUUAUCUCUUUUACUCUAUCUUAUUUCGACUUUGUUUUACUUAUUGUCUUUUCAUGUUUAACCUUUUGGGCCUUAUUCUAUUUUUAUCAUUAAUCUACCAUCACUAUUAUUUUAUUAUGAUUUUAUUAUCAUUAUUAAUAUUUAUAUUUACUAUCCUGUUUCCUGCUUUCUACCCCCCUUUUUCUUAUCUAUUUUAUGUUUUUAUUUUGGUCCUCACAGUCUUAUUUUAUGAUAUAGGGUUCUUGGUUUCUUAUAAUGAAUGAAAUUGGCCUUCAAUUCGGAGGCCUUGUUUUUAACUGAGUUUAGUUUUAACUGAGUUUUAAUUUUAUUUACAUGUGCUGCUACCUAACAGCUGUUUGUCAAAGCACUUUGUAAACUUCUGAUUUUAAAAGUGCUAUAAAAAUAAAGUUGUUGUUGUUGUUAUAAUUUUAUUGAUCUUUUGUUCAGACACAUACAGAGAAAAACAUAUACACUAGUUAAAAACACUGAAAUAUGUUGUGUCUUUUUUCUCCUUUUUCAUAGCCUGUCACAUUUUCACAUACUUUACCUUUACAAACAAGAACACACAUUCUAAACACAAAUAUGAGUCUGCAGUCUAGCAAAAACACACAAACAAGCCAGACUUACACCAAAAAAUAAAAAUAAAAACACACCCUAGGAAGUCUACAUAGUAUACAUGUUUAUUAUUAUUUUUAUUCUUUAUCAUGUUAAAUUGAAUAAAGGAGGCCUGCUGUUGUAAUGUAGGUUGUUUUUUUAAUUACUUGGUAAUCUUUUAAACACAUAUUCAAAUGUCAGCAUUACUUUUAGCUUCAAUAUCUCCAUAUUUAUGUACUUUUUUUUUGUUGCAAAGAACAUGUUCCUUUUUGUUAGGAUCUCAGUAUGAGUGCCAUCUCUUCAGGAUGUGUCUGUCAAAGGAAUGACUGUUGCACCCGGUCCCCCCUACUGCUGGGAAUGAUUAUAAAACAAAAGUGAUGUUAUCUAGUUGUAAUUACACACAGAUGUUAAUGCGAAAUACUGCAGAGACAUCAUUUGAAACCAGAGUUCAUGCUACAGACUCAGCGUGAGCCUGGGAAAACCGAGCCUUUCUUUCCUCAAACCAAUCGGUGGUGUAAUUUAUUACCCGGUAAACACGUGGGAAUAGUAUUUCAGCGCCACAAGAUAAACAACUACUCUACUUCACGCAAGUCUCGCGAUAGGGGACGCUCCCUCUGCGCUCGUCUAUUGUGAGAGUUUUCCUACUCUCGCGCGAUCUUCGAAGUUUCCCACGCCUGUUGUUGUGGCGUCUGCCCUUUUCGCUCACUCUCUCUCCCUCUCUCUCUCCUUCUCUGUUGCCGCUACCCGCCGCCUCCCCCUUUUUUUUUUCUCUCUCUCUCUCUCUCUCUCCGUCUUCCUCACCCACCCCCUUUCUCUCCGUCUCCCUCGUCCCUACACCUUCCAGUCUGCUUCUGUUGUCUCGGCGGAUUGUUGGGCUUGUGGGAGAGGAAAAAAGGAUAUCGCGAGUAUUGGAGUUUUGGUGAGAGUUUGUGGAAGAUGGCGCCUGUUGUGACAGGGUGAGUCUGAGAUUCGGGGCUGGCGGUUGGGGAGCGGAGUUGAAGAGAAAACAAGUUAUUGCCAUGAAACUGUUGAAUUUCUGUUUGUGUGCUGAAGCCCCGGGGAGAACGCUGUGUUUUGCCUCAGGUUUCGAAGUCAUUUCUUUGUCCCGGUGUGUUUGCGUGCGAGUGUUUUUCCUCUGCUCAGUGAGCGUUACUCGCCUGGGUAGCUGACUGUUGCUGCUGCUGCUGCGGUGUUUGGUGAGCUAGCCCCCCGCUAACACAGACUUCACCCUCGGUGGUCUUUCUCUCUCUUAGACAACGGCGAACCGUUAGCCGCCGGGCUAGCUAAACACAAGCAGUGUGGGUAUGGUUUUAAAACAAUUUACCAUCCAGUUGGAGUAUUUUCACCUCAUAUUUGGGUCAAAUUGUAUUAUUCCUGGUGCUGCAUUUGUUUUCGAAACGUGGUCACCCACCACCCGGGCAAGCACGUUCAUGAAGCGGAUUCACCACCCGACACAGCUAGCUGUCCGAUAAUGGACGUAAGCUAGCGAUAUGUUACUGAAACACGUUGCGGCUUUGUGAGAAAGGCAUCCUUUUUGCUGCUGUUUUGCAUUUGUUUAUGAUUAAUUUUUUUUACCUGUCAAUAUUGAAGCGCACACCCCAAAACAACGCACACUUUUAUAGCUCCAGCUACCUUCGGAUAAACGCCAGUGCAGGAAAAAAUAGUGUUUACUUAUUACUACAGCACGUAAACUCUGUAAGCAGCUCGCUGGUGUACGGAAGCCCUCAGCGGACAUGUGUAUAUACAUUUACUAUGUUUGAAAUGAUAACUUAGUAUGGUGAAAGCAGAGACAAUCACAGAAAAAUCUGUGAUUGUUUAAUGUAUUUACGAUGUAUACUGAUGUCACUAAUUAGAGGGAGGAUUGGCUGAUAUAUCACCUUGUUAUUGCUUUUUUUCUGCAUAGAAUAUUCAACAUUUCAUACUGUCUUUACAUUAUGUGGUCGCCUUAAGCAGUAACAUGUUUUAAAUUGAUUUUUGAAUAGUUUAUAAAUUGUGUAAUACAUUUGCAUACGCUUUAGGCAUUGUAAUAUGUAACUAAUAUUAUAUUCCAAGCAAUAAAACACUGUUUUUUUUCUACACAUCAUAACAGAAUUAAUAUUAUGAUCAGGGUGUCUGUUUUGGAUUUGAUUUAAAUGGGGAAACUUGUUAUGACUUAAGGUCCCUUCACACCGGGACUGUUUUUGUUGUGCGAUUAUUUCGGACCUCAAUAUUUUUUUCAAACCCGUAUCCUGACAAUACAAGCAUUCACAUCAGAGAUGUUUUCCCGUCCUGCGAUAUUGCGGCAUUUAUUUUUUGGGUUCACGGUCGAUUUUUCUAAAGUUUCACAUACUGUGUGUCCACUUCUGACCAAUCAGAUUUCGUGUUGUUGUGACAUCAGAUUCACUGGUAUAUCCAACAUGGCCGACCGGCUGAUUGUUUACGUGUCGGAGAACAGAGUGCUUUUUGAUAAAAAACACAAAUAUUACAAAGAUAACGACCUGAAGGACAACAUAGCAUCGGAUUUCUCAUAUGACGAUGGUUUGUGUGCUUUAACAGUUUGCUAAACGUCUUGUUGUAACUUUCAUCUGUGCUAAUGGUUGUUACCAUAGUUUCAUGUGCUUAUCUUAUCCCCUCUGAUUGGCUAUAAGUGCUGACCAUUUGGCUUGAGCGUGUGAUGAGAUUUCCAGCUUUUCUAGCCAAUCAGAGGCGAAGGAGGCAGGACUUUCUCCGGGAAAAGUCUUCCCUGGGAUGCGUCUUUUCCCCCCCGGAGAGUCUCGAAAUCGCAUCGGGCUUGAUAUGUAUAGUCAGGCCCGUCAAAAUUCGCCUCGGAAUAUUUCGUAAUUUCGCGUGUGUAAGGACCUUUAAGGUGAUGUUAAAGUAACUUGACAGCAGCCACUCUGGUGAUGCUGCCUGCGGUGUCUGCAUACAUCUUUUCUUGUAAGUGCAGGUAACACCAGAAAAUUAUCCUGUUUGUGACCCAAAAAUAUGAGACGAAAUGAAUCCAUCACGUUAACAGGUUAGUUUGACUAAAAUGUCUUAUGUACACUUCAAGCAGGUUGAGCAGUGCCAGAUGCUUGAUUUUGAACAGCAUAAACAUGUAGAUGGCACUGUUGUCAACUGAAGACAUAACAUGCAUUUAAUUUGUACCAAAAGAGAAGUGUAUGAAUAUGUGAAAGUUGCAGAGUGGUACAGCUGUGUAUAGUUUCACCAUAAGACUCGAAGCCGGUUGACUUCUUGUUAACUAGUUUGUUGGUUGUUUUUUUAUGCGUCAUACUCAGUCAGCAAGAAGAGAGUCCUUGUGAGGAAGCUGAAAUGGGGCAUGUUGACAUAUGGUUUUGCCAGGACUUUGUUUUUGCCAGAUGCUGGGGCACUAACAGUGGUCCAAUUAUACUGACAGUUAUUAUUGUUACUUUUCAUCUUCAGAAAGCUAUUCUGUCAACACAAGAAACCACAAUCUGAUAUUUGAAAAUAAUGAGAUAAAUAUAUCCAUUACAGAGGGCAAGCUUUGUUUUCCUGGGAUAAAGACAAAAAUAAGUUUAGAGUUAAAACAAAAACAAUAAAUGAAAUAUUGAGUGCGUCUUGUGCUUAACUCUGAAUGACUGAAACUUUGCUGAGUUCGACUUCAACGUUGGUAAUAAUCAAAAGGACAUUGUCUUUCAAAGCUGGUCCUCCAAUGAUCCCCAAAUCGCACAUACUAACCGGCUGAUGUCACAAACCCUCAAAAUACUUUUUUUCCCAAAUCAAAUUUAAAGUUUCUAUCUCUUAGUUAGUAACGUUUUCCAACUUUUCGAAGAGCUAAUUAGGCUUAGUGCAAAUUCUGUAAUUGCUAUUAGAUAGUACAUCAGUGAUAAGUGUGUCAGCGGAGGCUUUUAUGCGGGAAUGGUCUUUGUUAACGUUUUCGAACCGCCCGUUCGAAUGAUAUUCAGAGAAUGUCAAGGACAUAUUUCCGAGCAGCACUUUGGUCAUUGCAUCAUCAGUUAAGUGGCUGUAUUGUUCAACAUAAACACACUGUAGUCUGGAAGCGAUGCUGCCUUCAGGAAAGUCAUUUGUCUAACUGCUUUUGCUCUGAUUGCGAUGUAAACCCAGAAUGAAAUAAUUCGCCUGUGCACUAGCUAGACGCAGACCUACUUUUUUUUUUAACUCUUGAGGCUUUAAUCCCUGCAGACAGCUCAGUGGGUGACAGACAUUCGCUGGGCUUGUUGGAGGUGUGUGUAUGUUAGUAGGAAAAGGGGGGGUGGAUGUGCAUGUUCAUUUGGGGCUUUCCAGCAGACCUGAACUGAUUUCAGUUGAGGGGGGGAUGAUGGAGGGGGAGUAGCUGGAAGAAGGGAGGGAGGGAGGGAGGGAGCAAGCUAGAGGGCAGGCGGGUCAGGUCUGGGUGGCUGGCCACCUGUCCAGAUGAUAUCUCCAAAUUCAUGUGUAUUUUCUGCGGGUCGGGGAGACGGGGGGAGAUUAAGGGGGGUGAUGUGUGAGAAGAAGAUGGGGUGGGUUCUGAAAAUUAAAGUGCCAUAAGGGGUCUUUUGAGCCGAUGGCAGGCUGUGUUCACAGUAACGGUUGGAGGCAUCGCAGAGCCUGACCACAGCCUUCAUGUACUGUUUGACUGAUUCUGGUUUUAAACAGGGAGGGGCCGCACAACCAGGCUUGUUAGUGGUAUUAUGACUCUCUGGUUUUCGUAUUACAGAGAAGCUGCGGUCUUAUUUUCCUGUCUUUGAAUUAAAACUGUAACUUUUAAUCCUCUUCACAGUCAAUUAGGUUAGGGGUUUAUAAAUUUGUAGUCUUCUGUUGUCUGGUAUUUUUGAUGUGUUUGGUUUCUUAAAUUCAAUUUAUCAGUCGCCAAUCUCCCAAUAGGAUAUUGGCACAAGUGCAGGUGGAAGUUGGUGUAUUCUUGUUUGAUACAGCAGUUCAGCUGCUCAACAGUUUGUCUUUUUUGUGUGUUUUUUUGUAUCAUAAUUUGCCAAAUUUGUCAGGACCUUUGGCAGACUAGUUCAGCACUGGACUCUUCUACCACAGAGCCAUGCCCUUGAUAUGGAUACAGUGUUUCCCUGUGGCCGGGGGUGUGGGGGGGUGCUGAAUGUAGGGGAAACACUGCUGAUACAUAUGAGUCCGAGGUAAAACUAUGUGAGAAAAAAACUAAUUUUUUUUUUAGCCGUGGCGGUGCACCACGAUCAAAUGCAUGUAGGGGAAACCCUGAGAUACACCAUUAGAUUAGAUCAGAUACAACUUUAUUUAUCUUUUUUGGGAAGGUUCCCUCAAGGUAAUUAUAUUCUGAGAAAAGAGGGGGAUCUAAGAUUGACCCCUGAGGAACACCAGGAAUAAAAGUGGGCUAAGUGGGGAUUAAGUUCACAACAAGAAACAAUAUUUUCUAAUCCUGUGUUGUAGUUUGAUAUCUUCCGGCUGAAAUUUGCAUGGUCUUUCUUGUAAAAUGCAUUGUCUAGAUAGCAGCAUGCUGUUCCCAAACCCUUAUGGUUCAGUGUUAGUUAUAGUGAGUACUUACUCAUCCCCAUCAUGGAUGCUGGCUUUGCAUCAAUAACAACCUGCUCCUAUUUAAAGGGGAGGAUGCAGGGUCCAGGAUUUCCAAAAUAAAUGUCAUAAUUUGAUUUUCAGACCACAGGAAGGUUUUAUAUUUGUCCAGUUUUAUCUGCAGAUGUUGAAACCAUCUGUGUUGUCCGGCCAACAAUCAAAGUAUCAUCAACCAUGUUUUCUCGACUUAAAACAGGCCUUGGGGGAUUUAAAUAAUCUAGUAUCAGCUGAUUGAUAUUUUUAGGUGUAAAUCAUCUGAAACAAUGUGGAUAAAUACUCUCUGUGUGCAGGUGAAAUCCUGGUUAUUUGCUAUACAAAUGUUUUGGCCCGAGUCAGGUUGUGCUGCAGUUUAAAAUCAGCAUGAACCUUCAUAUCUCCAUCUUUCAUGUAACUGAGAGGCAACAAAACAAAACAAGUGAAAAAAGUCGGUGUUCUUUCGUAAUUUUUCCUCCUCUCUGCCAGAGAAACCGAUGAACUGAUAGCUGAAAGAGCAGCACUGUUCACCUGGGAUGAUAAAAGCAUGAAUCACUUAUUUCAACACCGCUCUGCCUUUGCAGUGCCCCUGGGGGACAGGUUUCCAUUUAGCCCUCCCCCUUCCAUCCCUCUGCCAAAAAAAGAGAGAAGAAGACGCAGAAGAAGAAGGAUUGAGUCUUUCAGGCCAAAAGCCAAACGUCUCUGUGCCGGUGUAAUGACACCAGUGAGCUUUCUUCUCUGCAGACCUUGUGUUCGUGCAUUUGUGAGCAGGGGCGUAUGGUUUUAGCUCUGCGGCUAUGUGGAAAGUGAUCAAGCAAGUGUGUACGUGCGUGUGGGGUGUACCUAGACAUAAAAGUUGAUCUGUGUGUUAAAAUGUGUGUGUGCACGUGCAUCAGCUCCCCUGGGUCCUCUCCUCUUCCCCGCUUCCCUUUAUGAAAGGAGAGGUUCAGAGGGAGCAGCAGAUGUCGAAGCGCUGACCUUUAUGGUGGCAAAGGCUCGGGUUGGAGUUAAAAGACAUGCCGAGUUACCCCGCCUCUCCCUUGGCCCUCAAAGCGGCAGCUCUGUGUCCACCCACACACUCACAAAGACAAACACACACACACACUCCGCUGCCUUGCUGCAUGGAUAGGUUAACGAUGGAGAUGAUACAAGCCACCUGAUCUGUGUGUCACCUCAGUAUCCUGCAGCUCCAAAAAGCUUCCCUCUAUCCUCCCCGAGCUGUGAAAAGCUUCAAAGUGUGUGGCAUGUUGAGGGGGAGAGGGGCACAAGCCAGGGGGGGUGAGCUGUACAGAAGUCACAGGCAAGGCACCAAAGCGAAUACAGCACCGCUAGACAUCUUUCAGGGGGGUUUAUUCUCCUGCGUACAGUAGCCUAUUGUUUUGGAAGUUCAUGCAUAUCCAUUACUUCACAUGAUUGAAAUAUCCCCCGGAGCCUAUAGUUGCAUUCAGGGUUCAGAUUCAACUUGUUUGCUCGAGUGACGAUGGGCCUCUUAAAGCACCACACACACACACACACACACACACACACACUGGCACACACACGCCCUGGUUGACUCAGUGACUUGAUUCUCUUGUUUCCUCAUUUAGCCUGUUUGUGUGUGUCAGACUGUCUCAGGGGAACAACCACAGGAGACACCCAAGGGGAUAGAAAUGCACAUUUUUGUGUAAUUUGGCUUGGGCGACCGCCAGCUUGGCACUCCUUGUUCUUGGUUGUCAGCCACUUGCUUGUGUGCGCAAACCAGAUACGGCAUCAUUGCAUUUCAUGUAUUUCUAUUCCCUCACUGUACAAAUAGAGAGCAGUUUUUUUCUUGAUAGAUGAUAAAUGUAAUGUGUAUGUAAUUUGUCAGAGUUAAUGAUUGAACAAAUUCCUUACUUCUUGCAGCAGACUUAGACAGUCACGCUGUAUGGUUUGUAGACUACUUGGUCCUCUUUAGAGUUUUGAAUCUAAGGAAAAUCCGAAAAAGAUCUUCAUUUAGUUAAGUUUUUAUGGUUAUGCAACACUGUAUUCGAAAAUAUUGUUUGUUGUUGUUAACUUAUGCUGCAUUCGAGUUAUCUCCGAAGUCAGAUGUCCGAGCUGGGAAUGACGUCACACCCGAGUUACCAGCGUUUCAGUUACCAAGUCGGAAAAAAAUCGGAGACUGAAACAAGGUGGCUACAUCUACGAAAGGGGAUGCUAAAAUAACUGAAAAUGACUACAAUAACAAGCACCAAAAUAACUUUCGUAGAUGUAGCCAUCUUGUUUCUGCCUCUGAUUUUGCUUUUUUCCGACUUUGUAACUAAAACGCUGGUAACUAGGGUGUGACGUCAUUCCCAGCUCAGACAUCUGACUCCGGAUGUAAAUCAAACGCAGCCAUAAUCCCCACUUAGCCCACUUUCAUUCUUGGUGUUCCUCAGGGGUCGAGCUUAGGUCCACCACUUUUCUCAAUUACUUCUGUUUCAUUCGUAUAAAGACAAAACACGACAAAACUCGUUAAGAAACUCUUAUGCGGAUGGUUAUUUGUUGUUGCCUUUGGGUCAGACUUAAGCAUCUUCGGUCACUUUUUUGUUAACCUGAAAGGGUUUUCUCUUAACUUUUUACCCUCCAAAAUCUAGGUAAGACAAAGUGUCAGUAUCACAUACUUUUAUUGAUGCACCUACACGACAUUACAGUAUUUGAGUUAAAAAUAUACAGUUGCUCUUCAUUGAUUUUAGUCAUCACGCUACCUUAUCAUGACUGCCUUCAUCAUACAGGGUAAUAUCCAAAGAUGUGUAUUAGCCAAAGAAAAAGCUGACGGCAGCACAGAAGAAGUACUUAAUGGGGAUGUUGCAUAGCAAUAAAAGAAAAAGCCAGGACAUGUGCCGGCCACUUACAAAACCAGAAAGAAGGAAGUGCUGUUUAUCAAGAUAUUGUGACGUAUAAAUGUACAAUUGUCUUGCAAAAUACCAAAUAUUGCAGAAGAGUUGUGUGGUGAUAUUAUAGAUAUCAUGGGCCAUGUAUUGCAUAUCACUUUGAGUCACCCUGCGAUUUCCUCCUCCACGUGUGUCUGCCAGAACUUUGUCUGUUGUUGAAAACCUAUCCGCUGUUUCUAAUUUCUCUAAAGGCGUUCCUCAGGGGUCACUCUUAGAUCCUUCAGAUAUUAGCUUUCUUUUAGCCAAGUCUUAAGCAGACAUCAAAGCGCGGUAAACAUAGGUGUGUUAUUUCAUUCUGGUCUUUGUUUUGAUUUCUAAGGGGUUUUUAAUUAUUGCCUGUAACGCUCUUCCUAAAAUAUUCUCAGCCAGAAAACUCGUCUCUCUUUUUGGGACGUGCUCGUUUAGUUUGUUUGGAGAGGCGCAGCGUGAAUAUAUUUGUGUUUUUCUGUCAGUGUCUUGUGUUACUCUGUUUGUCUAAGUUCAGAGCUUGAUAAGGGAGAUUGAUAUCGCCCUCAAAAACCACGUCAUGGAGGGCAUUUAUUUACCUGUGCUGGACUUGGAACGUAUCAGACUGAGUUCAUCUCUGUUUUCCAUCUUUGGCACUUGUGAAAAUCUCGCUGCUGUUUUCCCCGGCAGAGCAGGAAGGAUCAUUCUCAUGUAAAUCUAAAACCAGUGUGGUUUUGAAAACAGCCCUGGCGUCAUGUUUGAUAGAGGGCCCAAGUCCUCUCGCUGUUGUUGUUGUUGGCAUCUCCUCCCCCUGCUUAGCUCAGACAGGAGAGGCAGAGAGCUAACAUGAGGCGAACGCGUCAGGCGCUGGAAGCACGUACCUACCCGCUGACUCUUGUUUUGCAGCGGCUUGUCGUCUUUCUCUAAUCACUCUCUUCUUCCAGGAGUUUCCUCGGCCCGUUGUUUGCAGAAAUGCAGCUGCAUCGAGGGAGCGGUGGAUUUCACAGUGUCAGCAGCUUUUGCCCUCGCUGUCCCUUCACAUUCAGGAUGUUUCAUUCAGAAAACAUGAACUAAUUCCCCCUGUCUGACUCCUGUUUGCUUUCAUUCAGCUUCAGUGAGUGCACUCUUACCCACUUCCUAUGUCGGGGCAGCUGAAAUUGAGAGGAAAAAAUAUGAACAGGACCAACUGGAGUGUUUGUUCCUCUUUCCUUUUGUUUUCCUUCAUUUUCAUUUCCAUUUGUUUGGGGUCUUGUUGCCGGUUAGAUUCUUAAUUCUCAAGGAGACUCAUCAGAGAAAUUAAGCUGUAUUCCCUUUCAUAUCAAAGAUAGUCGCCUUGUUAUUCUCAGCAGUGGCAGCGAAGGGUUGGAGCAUUGUUUGAGCGCCCCCCCCUUCGAUGCCAGAACGUUCUGUCUGUUCCCUGACGAGCACACAGGGACGGCUCAUCCAUUCAGAGGAAGGUUACAAACAUACACAGGAUCUCCCGUGUUGGGAAAGCCCCUAACGAAGCCGCCUCCCACGCCUGGAAGCAAACCGCCACAAUCACUGUGUUAGAUGGAAAGGGAGUGGCGAGAAGGAAGAUCAUCAGUAGUAAGCGGGCAGUUGUAGCCUUGAGACUGUUAAUGGCACUGUAGAAAGCAUGCAGGAUGCUGCAGAGCUGUAACUCACUCCCAUCUUUAUGUUAAUGGCCUUCAGCAUCUCCUCUGAUUGAUCUUUGGAAGCCUUUGAAUUGAUCUUUGACUAUUGACUCUAACCUAACUAUACCAGUGCAGAUUUAUAAACAAGACUCCUGAAUUCUGGUGAGGAGAUAUUUCAGUUUUGUUGUAUCCUUAUGCUCCAAACCUUGCAUGCACAGAAUCAAAACCAUUUUAUUUCUGCCAGUUUAAACACAUGAAUCACCAAACUGACCACUAUGCAGUCAAAUGAUACUUGCCUUGAGUGGAUGUGAUAGGAUUGCGUCAGUGUUGCAUCAGUGCAACAGGUCAAACGCCUGUUAACGCACCAAAUAGAUACAGACGUAUUCGAAUGAAUGAAUUCAUAUUGAAGACUUUCUUUGAGUCAUGGAAGCUAACAAGACCAUCAGGAACAAGAUUUCUGAUUUUAUUAACACCUGGAAUUGGUGCGAGGGUUGUGCAGCUAAAGAAAGAGCCCCCAGUUCUAGAUCCAUUCACAGACACAUAUCAACGUCAGUUUGCAUAAUCACUACAUCAACUGAAUCCCUUGCAGUAUGAAGCUGCAAUUUCUUCAAGUAGGAGUGAUUUUGAGUUUUGUUAAGAUUGAGUAUCGAACGCUUACUUCUGUUGAACAAUGAAUUAUGCAGAAUGAAACACCAGAUUACUACUACUUAAGACAACCAUAUUCAACCUGCAUGAGUACUUAAGAUGUGUCAGACAUUUAUUAUUGAAAUGUACAGUUGCACACAGAGUGCAGAUAAAAAAUGAAGUGAUUGGACUGAUAUGUCAGUAGGGCUGGGCGAUAAACCGAAAAUUUACUGAAAUCGAAUGUCAAUGUCAUUUUGCCCAUAUCGGUAUAUUUGAUGUCAAAUAAAUGAAUAAAUAAAAGUUGGUUUUGGAUGUGUGUAGGUAGGCUAUGGUCUAAUGUCUCUUUAAGACGCUGUCCUACAUCAGAGGCAUGACUCCAAAGAGGGAGAGACAGGUGAGGAGAUGGAGGACGGUUCAAAAGUUGAAGUAGACAAAGUUAAUGUGGGAGGGGGUGAGCAGCUUAUGGAGUCGUUAUCAUCCGUUUAUCGUAAUUGAGGUGAACUGCUCGAUAUGUCAUGAUAUUGAUUUGAGGCCAUAUCGCCCAGCCCAAUAUGUGAGCCUUAUGUAGCAAAAGUGAUCACUGAUUACCUUUUGAAACUGAUGGUAGCUUUUGAAUCGAUCUAAAAAAUAAGCAAUGCUACACCGGACAGUAAGACUGCAUCAUUCUGGUACUAGCACUGUUAUUAGAAAACCUCACUUUUCAAACCCAAACACACUGAUUUCUUCAAGCCUGCAGCCUCCAGGGGCAACACCACCACCAUCACCACCACUGCUGCUGCUGCUGCUUCUGGCACUUGCCCAGGCAAGUGAUGGCCUCCCCGGGGAAGAUGAACAGUCUGCAUCCCAGAGAAAGGUGUCAAGUCAGAGCUGCAAGGGGAAAACAGGAGUUAUCGAGUGUCUUGGAAAACAUUCAGGGAAAAAGAACAAAGAGAGAGAGAGAAAGAGCGAGUUUGGAUUCCAGGAAAGGCACGCUGUUAUCUCCGAAUGUUUCUUUGCAUUGUCUGCUUGUUUAACUAAGGCUGCCGGAGAGUUUGACUGAAGAAUCCGCCUGGUGGCAUUCCUGUGGCCGUUGACGUCAGGAGGUUUUGGCCUGUACUUUAGAAUCACAAUGAAGUAAUAGACGUGUGUGUCAUUUUGUGGAACAAGUCUAUUGAUUGUGGCGAAGGAAACAAUGCUUUUUUUUCCAUCUCGGGGAGAGAGGCUUGUUCAUGUUGCGGUCGAUCGUCUUGCACUUGUGGCGGCAGCUUGAUGUUCUCCAACGUUGCUGGAGAUGGUCUGUGAGGUUUUUACAUGAGCUCAUGGAAGGAAGGAAACUAACUCGAUUCCUUUCUCCUCUGGUUUAUCCUAGAAGGUUGCCAGAAAAGUUUCCCAGUCCAUCACUCUGUCGGUUUUAGGCGAAACAAGCCUGAAAUAUUUAAACCAACGCGCCAAGUUGUCUGUUGGACAAAUUGACCCAAAUUUGCAGCAAUUUGCAAGAUAUUCAUCACUUCUGUGCACCAAAAUCUGGUCGCUUUUUAGUGUUUUAAAUUGUUCUCAUCUUGAAUUAAAUGAGGAUGUGAGUGGUUGAGAUUUAGGAAACCCUUGUUUGUCUCACAUCCUGUAAACGACACUAUAUUUUAGACAGAUAGCAUGUCCGAAAAGAGGAACAGUCAGCAAGAACAACCAAAACCAGACAACACUCCCGCACAGACAGUCAUAGCCAAACAGCACAAACACGCACAUGCUCACACACAACAUAUGCGUGCCCCGGUCUCUACAUUUGGUUUGGUUCUUGGAGGAUCAUCUCACAACAUGUGGGCUAAAGGUCAUGUCUCACCCUCGCUCCGUCUUACUCUCUGUUUCUGCCAGGAAUUCUAUUUUUUCUCCGGGUGCAGAGCAGAAGGUCGUCUGGGUGGUUUUUAGGAGGCGAGGGCAGGGCAGGACGGUGGUUAGUUAGCUGGAGCUGAAGGAGGUCCACAGAGAGUGUGCUCCAUCUAAGACAGUCCUGUUUGACUCUUAAUACUCCUUAAAGUCUCUCAAUAUUGUUGUUUAUUUUUAACGUGAAGCAAUCAAGCAGAUUUUUUAUUAUGAAUCAUAAAAGGGAAUAUUUUCUUGUUCUUUGCAAUCUGCAAACCAACCAAAACAUCUGCUAUAGCUGCACCGUUACAUCACCAUCAUGAUAAUUAUAAGAAAUAUAGACCAUUUUUUUGUAGUGAAAGCUGCACGUUUGGCUGCCUGCACUCAUCAAAAGAGGAAGUGUGCAAAGCCUCUGUGCAAUCCUGGAAAUCAUCAACAGUUAUCUGUUGAUUUAUGUUGUUAAAUGCACAUCUGCACUUAAGUGUGGCCAUGAUCCACUCUUAAGAUGUUGCAUGAUGUGAGCGUGUGCAGUGACAUAAAUGCACUCAAGCCUUUCAGUAAAUAUGCGCCAUGUGUCUGCAAGCCUCGCAACAUCUCCUCUGAUUGUUUGCAGUUUGGAGACAGCUGCUCUGAUGUUGUAGAUGUGCGAGUGUGUGUCUGUGUAUGCAUGCAGCAUAUUCAUGCACAUGACUGUUCACUGAGCGGAGGGCACAGAAUGACUAUCAUAGAUGCUGACUGGCUGUGAGCGCUGCACUAGAGGCAAAAAUACACUAUCUGCAAGGGGUAUGAGAAAAAAAUCGAUAAAGCAUAGUAUCGCAAUAUUAUUUUCAUCUCAUUUACCAAGUAUCAGUUUUUUCAAAAUAAUUGUUAAAAUGAACUCAAGUGCAUGAUAAUGGAAAAAUAAAAUCAACUGUUUUUAAGUGAGAUUGGCAGAGGUGACAUCUUAGAUGCAACCAGGGUGUAAAUGUGAUGGAGCUGACACAAGUUUUGCAAGAUGUGCUACAUGAAAAUAAAAUACUGUGUAAAUAAGAAACAUAAGGAAAGACAAAUGCUAAAUUUGCAAAGCAGUUGAAAAAUUUGUAUAAAUCGCAAUAUACUGUAUUUUACAAUACUCACUGUAUUGUAAAAUGUCAAAAAAUCGCAAGACUAUCAUGACAAUAUUGUAUUGUGGCCCAAGUAUCGCGAUAACAUUGUUUCAUGGCCCAGUUAUCGUAAUAAUAUUGUAUUGUGGCCAAGUAUCAUGAUAAUAUCGUGUCGUGGCCCAAGUAUCAUGAUAGUAUUGUAUCAUUGCCCAGGUAUCGCGAUAAUAUGGUAUCGUGUCCCAAGUAUCUUUAUAUAUUGUAUCGUGAUAAUAUCGUAUUGUGGCCCAAGUAUCGUGAUAAUAUUGUAUCGCGGCCCAAUUAUCGUGAUCAUAUCGUAUUGCGGCCCAAUUAUCGUGAUAAUAUCGUAUUGUGGCCCAAGUAUCGUGAUAAUAUCGUAUCGUGGGGCCACUGGUGAUUCCCACCCCUACUAUCUGCUUUGUGCUGAUGUUUUGGAUUAAGGUGCGGUGAAGUCGAACGGGAAGUUAUUUACUUAACUUUUGAAAGUUCCUAAUUAUGCAUCUGUAUAGAAGAAUUACUCAUUUUUAAACUAUUUAUAAUCCCUUCCUGAGCCUUGAUAACCAAGUCAGUAGACUCAUUAUACCUAUACAUUUUUACUCCGUUGUGCUGCACUCGCUGUUUCACUUUACCCGCUCCACUCCUGCUUUGUGAGCUGCAAACAAAGGCGGCGCACAGAAAAAAGAUGUUUCUAUCAGAAAUCCUUUGUUGCUAACCGCCGGCUACACCUGAAGCUCCGAAAUGCCAGCUCCCAGAGGCUUCUUGACGUCACGGUUUGCUGUUUACUUCCAGUGUUACAGCGAUGUAAUGAAUGAUUUCUGCAGAAUCCUCACAUUGAAGACGCCAGAUCCCUUUAAAAAAAACUCUGAUUUUGAGUUUUCUUCAGGGAGUCAGACAAACAGGAUGAUGCUUUUGAUCCCCUGACUUGCCAUCAGGCUGCAGCUAGCGUGCUUAUCACACCACCUGCUCCCUCAUUGAUGAGUCCUCUGCAACAAGAGCAGGAGCUGCAGCAGUGUUGCUGCGGUGCGGUCGAUGUUGACGACUCACAACCCCCCCCCCUUCUCUACCUCCACCACCACCUCUGGGUUCCCUCUCGUUCCAGCGGUGAGUCAUCAGCUCAGCAGAGAACGAGAAGAGGGAGGGAAGUGGAGCGGGAAGAGGGGGGUUCACUCAGGGUUCAAGGCUCCUCUCCUCGUCCCUUCGCUCUUCUCCUGACAGUCGCCCCCCCCUCUCCUCUGAGCACAUGACCCGUCUCAACCCCAAACCCCGACCACUCUGUGCGAGUCUUUGGCCACAGUCACACUUGUCACAUCAGUGCAGCUUUUUGACUCUGAACGUCUAAUUUUAUGAGAUCACAUUGCUGCGUGUCUUUGCACUUGGCCUGAAACGUUUCUGCUCUGCGUCUCCUGCGGCUGUGUUUACUUUUCAACAGCCUGCAUGACUUUGUGCUCAUCUGCCUCCUUUUUGACUUUUCUGAUGUGGACUGUAAAUCAGCGAGCAGCUCGAGAGCUUGUCUCUUAGCCAGAUGUUAACUUUUGUUGGAUUUGUCCUCAAACUACUUCUGUUAUUGUUGUUAUUGGAUUAUAUUCAGUUUUACGUCAGUCUAAACUCAUUUGGCUUGUUUUUUUUGUUUGUGCCGACUUGUUUUCGAGUCUUAAGAGACAAAACAACUAGAAUAAAGUGAAUAAAAUCAAGAAAUGAACUUUGACUUGACUCUGAAGGUUUUCCUUUGACCUGUGAUUAUUCAUCUUUGCCCGACUUGUGACUGUGUUUCCGAUAUUCUGUCUUUCUACAGAGAAAGCACACUCAUUACCCGAACUUUGAAAUUAACCUCACCAGUUUCAGUUUUUCCGAACCCAGACGAAAAGUUUCUCUCUCCAGCGUUCAGUCAAAUCUCUUCCUCGUCGGGACCAUCUCAGGACCGGUGUUAUCUGAGGACUGAAUGGAGCCAGGUGGCAGGCAGGACACACAUCACAAAGGCGGCUUCAUUAAAGAUACAACAAGCAUCAAGUGUGCGCCCGUGUACACGUGUGUCGGUCCGCUUUGGCUCGGCUGCGCGCACUGGAAAUUUCAUUACUGUGUUCUGGACGUAUUGUAUAUAAUGUACUCGCUCCGUUCGUUCCAGCUCCUACGCCAGAUUACACAGUGUACAGACGGCACGCUGGUGUGUGUAUGUCUAGAUCUCGUAUUGAUUGCAUGCCAGACCCAAGUUUUGAAAAAGUCCGAACAUAUGGAGCAUUUAUAUCAGAGCGUGCGGUGGAGAGGGCGAGAGGUGGAGGGAAGGAAAAAGAGGGGAGAAGGAGGGAGGAGGAGGAGGAGGAGGAGGAGGAGGCCUUUUCUUUGGCUUUUCUGCCUCUGUCAUUAAGCUCUCCCAUGUCAAAGACAGAUGGAGCUGGUGCCCCGUGUGUGUGUGUUUGUGAGUGUGUGUUUGAAGGCAAGUGCAGACUGAUGUGACCCACCCAGAUCUACACACACACACGCACGCACAACAUCCAGCCCUGCCCUUGAUUCUGCCUCCAGCGGGGCAUCUUGGGGCAGCUACCAGACCUCUGCCAUCUGCAGCCAGUCAGGCCUUCAGGGUCAGACAGCUCAUCAGCAGUCACCUCCCAACGUCGAACAAAGUUUCGCUCCUUCUGCUCAUGCAACAUUAAACUUCUUAUAAAGGAUCAUUUUCGGGCUUUUUGUGAUUCCGAUCACACCGGCCGUUUGUCUUUUGUUUCCUCUCGCUCUCUCUUCUCUUCGAGCAGUUUUUUUUUUGGAAAGUCAACGAGAGAGGAUUCAUCUGAAGAAAAGGAGAUACUCGUUUAACUCAUUUUCAGUCUACGCUUUAGCACAUCCCCCUCAGAUCAAGAUAACUUGAGUGUUAUUUAACAAGAGGUCAAAAGAGGUCUUUUAGGACAGCAGCGAAGAUGAACCUUGAUACCUUUUAAUUCCACACAAACAGGAUUAAAGAGUUAAAUAAGGCAGCUACUUUGUCUAUAGGGGGCGCCAAAGCUAACCAUGCCAAAUGUUUCUCACAGGAGCUUUAAAUGACGGUGUUUUUAAGUAGAUAGUGAAGGCAGAGUAGAGUAAUCUGUUUGGCCACCCAUAUGUCAGGGCCUCAGCUGUGCCAGAAAGUCUGGGUAGAGCUGCAUAGUUACUGGGGCUGGGCGAUAAACCGAAAAUUUCCCGACGCCAUUUUGCCCAUAUCGCAUGUCAAAUAUAUAAAUAAAUAAAAGUUGGUUUUGGAUGUGUUUAGGUAGGCUAUGUUCUUAUGUCCCUUGAGACGCUGUCCUACGUGUCAUAGACGUGACUCCACCCCUUCCAGUUCGUAACAAAGAGGGAAAGACAAGAAAGAAGAGAGAAAGACAGGUUGUAGACAAGUUGGAGAAGACCAAGUUAAUGUGGGAAGGGGUGAGCAGCUUGCGGGGAAAUUAUCGUCCAUUUAUCGUUAUCGAGGUAAACUGCUCAAUGUAUUGUAAUAUUGAUUUGAGGCCAUAUCGCCCAGCCCUAAUAGCGACACAGACAAACAGUGGGACCUGGGUGCAGUUAGGGGUUGCUGUUGGAAGACUAAAUGAUCCACCUGUACUUACAGGGAUCUGCCUCACCAUAAUAACUGAAAUAGUUACAAAAUGAAGUUGAAUUUUAUCCGUUGGGUAUUUUUUUUUGGAUGUUUUGUUGCUGGUCUAUAUGCGGUAUAUUCUUUCAUCCACUGUCAUCUACGAUAAACAAGCAAAUAAACUUUGACCUCUGCUGUUUUCCCCUUGUUUCUUUGCAUUUCUGUCCCCCGAUGUUAGCAGAAGCAUCUUUACCAAAGUGACUCUUCCGUCUCCACUCCACUUUGCUACUGCGGUUGUUGGCAUCCACGCUGGCACAUGGCAGGCAGCGGUGCCAAGCUGAGCGCGAGCCUCCAACUGAGACCACAUCUUAGUCGCUCUAACAGUCCCCUCCUCUUCCUCUUUUUUUUUUUUUUUUGACUUUUUUUUUUUCUCAUUGUGCCUCCUGUCUCACCCGCCUCUCUGUCAGGGGUUGACUGAGGACAAGAGCGUAGUGCCCAAACUUGGCCGCCUCCUCUGCGACAGUUUUUUCUCAAUGAUUGAAUAUGUGCCUGAAAGAUGCAUGCGCAAUACCCCGACUGCAGGCCACACACACAGAGCGGCAUGCUGCUGCAGAGGAAGUGUGUGUGUGUGUGGAGGAAAAAGCUAAUGUUAUUGCUUGCUGUGUGUUAAAAUUGUGACUGUGACAUCAGCGCAGAAGAAUUUUUUUUUUCCUCUUUUUUUAAAAGGCUGCCAAGACUGAUGUAGCCAGAAGGUUUGAAUUUUUAAAUCUGCCUCACUUUCUCUCACUUGCUUGGUGAGACUUGUUAUUUCCACCCAGUCUGGUCUUGAUCGUUUAGUCAGACUUUCUCUCUCUCUCUCUCUCUCGAACAGUGCUGAUUGUUCACAGUGAACCCAUGUGAACACCAGAUCACAGACCUUGCAAUUCAAACCGAGAAACUUGACUUUAGUUAUUGUUUCUGGUGAAUAUCACUGAGCGUGUUGUUAGCUGUCAGGUCAUGUCAGGUCAGGUUAGAUGGUUGCCAGCUUCCUCCUUCUAUUUGCAUGUCGACUUGAGUGCCACCUGCACCUGCCUGAAUGCACACUCCUCUAACUCGGCUACUUCAAGUCUCUUUUUAUUAAGAAGUGAAAGCUUAACUUUUACAAACUGUUGACGUCAGUGAUUUAUUCUCAAGUUCAGGGAGGGGUGCAACCUCGAGUUUUCUGCCUCAUACUCCAUUGGGUGUCAAUCUAGGAAGCUGGACUGAGACCUGGCCCACACUAGACCAAAACAUCGAGUCAAAUUUGGCAUUAAAAGUAUCAAACACAUCAGAGCUUUUCUGUUUUAUAGAAACUGACAGGAUUUUGAUGAUAAAACAGUUGAACUCGGGACUUGAACUUGAAGUUUUUUCACAGUUUGGCAUUAAAAACUGAUGUUAUUAAAUGUUAUUACAUGUGUAGCUACAGAUUAGACAGACUUUUGACCUUUUGUAUAAAACAAGAAGACUUUUGUCUGCUUGUUCAUGCUUGUUAGCGCUCACUGCUCACUCUGCCCCUCUGUUUUACUAACACACACCUGAUCCUAGGGCUAGACAAUAAACCGACAAUUUACCAAAACCAAAAUGUACGACAAUAACUGACAUCAUUUUGCCAAUGUCAAUAUAUCUGGUGUCAAAAAAUAAAUAAAUAGAGGUUGGUUUUGGGUGUGUGUAGGUAGGCUAUGGUCCCUUUAAGAUGCUGUCCUAUGUCAGAGAUGUGACUCCACCCCAUCCAGUCCGUAACAAAGAGGGAAAGACAGGUGAGGAGAUGGAGGACAGUUCAAGAGUUAGAGUGGCUUGAGUGGCGGUUGAAGUAGACAAAGUUAUUGUGGGAGGGGGUGAGGCAGCUUGUGGAGUAGUUAUUGUCCAUUUAGCCAUAUCGCCCAGCCCUACCUGAUCCUCUUCCUUUCUAUCUGCUUUGCUGCAAAUGUUGUUCCUCACUCGCUUUUUAAUUGUUGAGAUACUCUUUGUCAUUAGUAUCAAGCCUCGUCAACAUAUGUAAAACUUUUAAAACUUGUGUUAGCUAAACGCUGAAGAAUCAGCCUUUGUUAUUUUUCCCUCUACAAAUAUAAACAGGAAGUGGUCAAUGUCACUGUAAAAAGACAACAAAGGGAGAUAUCAUGUCAAUUCACACCACUUUCACAAGAACGAGACAAAAUUUGAAGCAAUGUUAGGGUUUGACCACAGGGGGCACCAAAGUCAACGCAGCCAGAAAAUCCUUAGAGGAGCUUUAAACGACCAAGACAUCGGGAGUUUUUUCUUACUAUUUAAAAGCUGUCAAACACAAAAAAUAACAAACGCACUUUCACUGCUAGCAUCCAAAGCCAAAUUGUCAGCUUUUGCUAAUGCCAGUGCAGAUGUUUUAGAGGUUUAAACUACCAAAUUAGCACAAAGGAACGCAGAGGUCUGUUGAACCCUGACUGUCGGUGAAGGGAGAAAAUAUUGUGGCCCCAGCUUGCCAUUUAAAUCCAAAAAUGAUGUCUGGUGGCAGAAAGGAAAAUUUUUCAUGUUAAAGUCUGAUUACAGGGUCAGCAAUCUGGCCUGCCUGGAUUGUGAAAGGAUGUAGAUAUGCAAAUGAGUCAGUCAGGAUAAACUCGGUGUGUCACAGGUCAAUGAUGGAGUAACUUCUUCAUUUAGCAGGAUGCAGAUGCAGUUUUGAACUUUGUCAGAGGAGAAAAAACUCAUUUUAAUAUUUAUCAAUGAAACUUGACAGUGUUGAGAAAUCGAGCAUUGAUAGAUGUAUCUCAAUAUAGAGCUGGUACUGGUGCGUGUUUCCUCUGUUGAAACUCGCACAGAUGAAUAAGCUCAAACCUUCAAAUGUAGCACUGCCAUAUUAUUAGGAACAUGUACCACUUAAACUACAGCUGUAGACCAGUCGUUCAGUAAAUGAAGCUGUGAUUAUAAAGAAGUCAGGGUAUUGUUCGUAUUUUUGUGGCCGUGGCCCUGGAGGCCGGUGGAGCAGCGAGGGUGAAGCUGAGCGCGGUGUUGAUAAUGAGGCGUACAGCCACUCGCAGGACUUGUGAUAUCUGCUAUCAGCCCUCAGGCUGAGAAACCAGACACCUUUUUAUAGGCCCUAAUCCCUCUUCUUCCCCCAUCACACUUACACACACACACCCUCGGCUGUUUGUGUGCCCUCCUAGAGUCCUGUGUGUAAAUGAAAAGAGGUCCACAUACACCCAGUCAGAUGUGUGGUUUUAUAUUCACACAGGGCCUGUUUUAGUGUGAAGGGGAGGCUCAGUGGUGUAAGAUUGAAGCUUAUCCUCUACAAAUGUAGCCUGUUUAAUAUCACAGUGUUAUUUUACGGCCAAAAAAAGUGAGUUUUAAUUAAAAAAGAGGCAAUAAAAGUCAGCCGACCGCUGUUGUUGAACCACAUUCUCAUUUUCCUCUGAGUCAAACUGAUAAAAAGCUGUAAAAAUGAACUUUUUUUUAGCUACCUCCAUGAACACGCUGCCUGCAGGUUGACCUCCAAGGUCACACUCUGACCCCUGACCCCCAGCGGAUGAAUGAUGGCGUCUGCUGGUUGUGUUUUGCUCCCUUGGGGAGCGCUACAUCUACAAAAGCUGUGAAAUGUAGACAAAACAUGAAAGUGCACGGACAGAUGGGUCAAAUAUUGUGAUUUUUUUUUAACACCAUCAAAGAGUCAAAGAGACAUUUACACAUUAAAGUGGAUUCAAAUGAGCUUUAAUUUUAACACCAGCCAGAGUAAAUGUCAGCUCUUUGCUGUUUCCGUUUGUUAUCUUGCUCAUUUCCGAUGAUUUUUGCAAUCUUAUAUGUCAAACAUGAAUUUCACAAGAUUGUUGAGGGUCUUUUUUUCUAAUCUGGGUGCCGUCAGAAGUCUUUGUUGAGUAACACAGAAAAGCAUAGUCACCAUCACUGCACAUCACUGUGAACUUUGAACUUAAGUCGACUAUUGGAUUGAGGAAGUUCUUGAAUCACUCAUCAGAUUAGCUCUUUUCUAUGUGUAUUUAAUUAUUUCUCAGCGGGGCGAGUGAGGAUCCCUAAAGCCGCCGUAUAGUUUUGUUGACAUAGAUAUGAUUUAUUUAUGCAGCUGAAAAAAAUAGUCCUCCCGAUUCCCUCGGCGAUAAUGUAUCCAUGGCAACAGAUGCUUAUUAGCCUCCUAGCCGUACAAAUAAACAUUUAAGUGAACAUUUAUUUUUCUCAGUUGGAAGAACAGAAGUACAGUCCAUGUCUCACUAAUUGCAGGAUUAUUUCUCAGUCUCUACAGGAUCGAGUACACAUCAAUCUAGGGCUGGGCGAUAUGGCCUCCAAAUCAAUAUCACAAUAUAUUGAGCAGUUCAUCCCGAUAAUGAUAAAUGGACGAUAUCUACUCCACAAGCUGCUCACCCCCUUCCGUAUUAACGUGGUCUACUUCAGCCGCUACAACUUUUGAACCGUCCUCCAUCUCCUCACCUGUCUUGACUUCUUUUUUACGAACUGGAUAGGACAUGAGACCAUAGCCUACCUACACACAUCCAAAACCAACUUUUAUUUAUUUAUUUUUUUGACACCAAAUAUACCAACAGGGGCAAAAUGACGUCGGUUAUUGUCUGUAAAUUUUUGGUUUAUUGCCCAGCCCUACAUCAACCCCAAAUUUCUUGUCUUUGUUCCAAACUGUCUUAUUCAAUAAAGGCUCGAAGCUACAAAAGUAAUAGCAUCAAAGUGAACUUGGCAAUUGAAGGCAACAUUAGUCAAGGUGAACAGGACUUAUUCAUGUUGACUUUUAUAAUCUAAAGGCUUUGACUUUAACUCGUCUAAAAAAUUAGGCUUCUUGGGUUACAGAGUUCUUCAAGUGUUUAUCAUGGCAGGGUAAUUGUUGAAAUGUCCUUGAAGUUCAUAAAUUUUGGGCAGAAACAGUGACAGCAUUAGCCGACACUUCCUAGCUUGCAUGUAGUGCGGUCCGACUCCUCGCCAGCGUCUAACCACAGAGUAAAGAAAGCGAAAGUCUACCAUGAAGGAACAGAAAAUUCUGAGGAACCGAGGGGAACAAAAGUGAAACGGAAAGACGACAAAUUUUGCCACCAAAGAUGAUCAAACAGGACGUGAAAGUGAGCGGCAGCUUGGCUAGCAGCCUCCUCUCUGUUUACCCUCUGAACUGGUUUGACUUGAUUUAUUCAGCGGCGCAGAUUCUGGUUUGAGUUAUGUGUUAAUGAGAUUUGAAGAGGGGGAGACCUGUUGCUGUAAAAACCUCUUUGUAGUGAUGAGUGAAUGUCGUCCUGCAGCCACCCUGGACAUUUAAAUCAAACCUGAUACUGUAUUUUUACUGCAGCCAUUUUACAGCUGAGGAUACCUACUCAAAAAGCCUUGAAUGCGGCUUUGACUACGGAUGGGAAUUGAUAAGAUUUUAUCGAUAUCGUUGCCUUAAAGAUUCUGUUUAUCGAUUCAAUUCUUAAACGAUUCCCUUAUCAAUGCCUUUCUUUGAUUUAAAAAAAAGUAGACUUUUAAUUCAAAAUUUUAUUGAGCUCUCGGAUAACAGAAAAAGAUGUAGUCUAAAAAUAAUUAACGCGUCCAGGGUGUAGGCGAGAAGACUGACACAACAGCAGACUGAGUGUUUUUCAGUUCUGAUUAGACACUAGUGUUGAGAUGUCUGUCUGUCAUGAUAGCAUGUACUGAGUCGGGGCCAGUACCAGAUAGGAACAUUAACCUAUAAUCCAUAAACGUAAGGUAACAACCGAGACCUAAUGGUGCUGUGACAGCAACGCGACUGAGUUUGAGACAGUGAAAAUACAUAUGGUAUGUUGUAUCUGAACAGGUUAGCUUACGAGCUAAAGUUACUUAGCACAGAUGAAAGUUAAAACAAAGACGUUUAUCAAACUGUUAAAGCACACAAACCAUUGUCAUGUGAGAAAUCUGACGCUAUGACUCUCCACAAGUUGUCCUUCAGGUCGUUAUCUUUGUAAUAUUUGUGUUUUUUAUCAAAAAGCACUCUGUUCUCUGACACGUAAACAAUUAGCAGGUCGGCCAUGUUGGAUAUACUGGUGAAUCAGACGUCGCGACAACGCGAAAUCUACUUUGUCAGAAGUGGACACACAGUAUGUGAAACUUAAAAAAACUCGACGAUGAUUCGAAAAAAUAAAUGCCGCAGUAUCGCAGGAUGGGAAACCGUCGCUGAUGUGAACGCUUGUGUUGACAGGAUACGGGUUCGAAAAAAAUAUUGAUGUCUGAAAUAAUCACACGAAAAAAACGCUCCCUGUGUGUAAGGACCUUAACCCUGUAAAUAAAUCAGUCUGACUUUGGUGACCUUGUAAAGAUGUCCUCUGCUCUAAUCUUUCAUUAUUUAGUAAUAUCAGUCUUUUAUCAAACCUAAGACUUAUGAAUCUCCACUCGACACCACAGCAUGGAAAAGUUUGCACCAAAAACUUGACUUUGCUCCCAUUUGAUUUAUUAAACAUGUAUCACAUAGAUGCUCGAGCAGCGGCGCAGAAACUGUGUGUGCAUUUGCUUCCCCGGCAUAAGUGUGUGUGAUUUUUUCCAAACUUUGGCGCACACUGCUGAGGACAUGUCAUAGUGUGUGUGUGUGUGUGUGUGUGUGUGUGUGUGUGUGUGUGUGUGUGUGUGUGUGUGUGUGUUUCUGAGCCUUCGGGUGUUGACGUGUGUUUUUUCCUCCGCUCUGUUUGGACUGUCAGUCACAGCUGUCAAACACAUCCCCGUAUGAGCGGCAGGCCGGGUUCACACUCUCUCAAUCAGCCCCCCGUUGCGUGCGCGUCGGUUGACGCGUGUUCGUGUGUUGGCACGCGGACGUGGGUGGUCGACGCUUUAUUCAUAGACACCGCCAUCGCUCUCUGUCACUAAUACCUCAUGUGUCAUCGUACCUGUCAGAGUGUCAGAGAAGAAGCCCGAGUUUUCCCUCCACGCUCCACUAAGAGGAGGAUUUUAUUCUCUCGUCUCUGUUCAUUCAGUGGAGCUGGGAGAGAGCAUAUUUCAUGAAAAGCAGCUAUUAAGUUGGAGUUUCAUCACCCGGACUUGCAUGAACUGUAUAAAAAGCCGAUAAAUCUGCAUGCACAUUUGAAAUGAACUUGAACCCGAGGUCAAAUCUUUACAUUGACAGUGAUUGCAGCUUCUUUGAGCAUGCACGCAAUAACAGAUCUGAAACUAGAGUUUAGAGUUGCUAAUAUUUUGACAGCGCAGUCCUCUUCAUGACCUAAGUGUUUGUGGUUUUGUGUGUUUGCUCUACAAAGAGGCCUGAUGGGAAGCUCGGCGUGUCGCUCUGGUGUCUUUGAGUCAUAUCUGCCAUCGGUUGGAGGUGUUGUGCUUUAAUCAGCCGCCGCAGAAAGAUGGUCUAUCACCCUCUGGCUACGGCUGCUGAGAAAUCGAGUGUCAGAAUCUGUGUCAAAUCACAUAAAUGGACGUAAACAUGAUCAAUUCAGUCACAAAAGGUUUUAAAAAAACUUCUCUGAUGUGAAUAUUUGGCAUAUUUGAACAUUUUCGUGCUCUCUUUCGUCCAAUAACAGUCGAAGCAUUUCAUUCCCCUCUCAGUGUAUCGAUGUUGGCAGGAUGAGGGAGCUUUUAUAUAUUUUCCCAUGACUCUCAGGAUAAAGUCGAGCUCCGCACAGCAUCGGAGUAAUCCAUCACCAUGAAAGUGAAGCUGACAAUCCGGGUUUGAAAAGUUGCAUCAGAGUUCAGAUCUCGGGCUGUAAACUUUGACUACAUGAAGGCUGUUCCCUCCAACUGUCUGUGUGCAGACAAACGUACAAAUGACACCAUUAGAGUCGGCGUGUCAGACAUUUUUGAGCGUCUGAGAGUUUCCUCAUUCUGUCAGUCAUCAGUCUGCAAAGUAAGGUGGAGAGCAGACAGAAACUGGUUCUCUUUGUUUCCAGUUUACAAAGUAAGUAUUAUGUAUAAUUAGCAGGGCCCGACCGAUACAGAUUUUUUGAGGCCAAUGCCGAUUGUAAGGAGGGAAAAAAAUCAGAUUGCUGAUUAAUCUGGUCGAUUUUUUAAAAGUUUUUUAUGAAGUUAUAAGAAAUAUCUAUAUCGUAAAUACGGAUGUAAAUGUGGAACAUUUUUGAAGUGAAACCGAAUCUUAUUCUCUGCAUUUUAUUUCUAAAAAUAUCGUCGAAAAUCAGCGAAUUUUGGCCAAUUACCAAUUAGUCUCAAACAGGCUUAAAUUUGCCGAUUUAAUCGACUCGCCGAUAAAUCGGUCGGGCCCUAAUAAUUAGGGCUGGGCAAUAAACCGAAAAUAACCUACGUCAUUUUGCCCGUAUUGGUAUAUUUGGUGUCAAAAAAAUAAAUAUGGAUGUGGGUAGGUAGGCUAUGGUCUCAUGUCCCGCUGUCCUAUGUCAGAGACAUUACUCCACCCCAUCCAGGUGAGGACAGGUGAAGAGAUGGAGGACGGUUUAAAAGUUGUAGCGGCUGAAGCAACGGCUGAAGUAGACGAAGUUAAUGUGGGAGGGGGUGAGCAGCUUGUGGAGUAGUUAUCGUCCAUUUAUCGUUUUCAAGGUGAACUGGUCAAUAUAUCGGGAUAUUGAUUUGAGGCUAAAUCGCCCAGCCCUAUGUAUAAUGCACAGGUGGUUAUGUAGAGAAGAAUCCCUGCAGGGUUAGCAAGACCUGAAUGUCUGUGGUUCUUCAUAGUGAUCAGCAACUUAGAGGUAAACUUUGUAGCUCUUCUGCUGUUGCCUGGAUCACAAGAGGGGAUUUUUCUCUAUCUGCUAACGUCUCAGGCUGAUCUCAUAUCCGUCCCUGCUGACUCAUUAUACAUUGAAGUCUAGACCAUCAAAAAUUACAGCAUAAAAAUCCUCACUUAUCUUAUCACUUAUGGUCUUGCUUUCUUUCUAAUUUCAUAGUCUGACUGCUGUUGGUGUUUUUUGAUUUAAAGACAUGCCGUCUUCUCUGAACUCUGAGUUCAGGACUUCCUCUUCCUCCGCGGCUCACAUUCACCAUAAAUGGGAUCACUGUCGGUGCGAUCUCACCCCGUGCACCAGCCUUGGCACACUUACCCAGUGGUAACCAUGCCAGGCUAAGCUAGCAGAGAGCUGGCUGAGCUGUUUAAUUUACCUAUCAGGUUCCUAAUAGGAUAGUCAUGGUAAAAAGAAAAAGGCCAAUUAAAAAGUUCCUGAAUACACCUGAAAGAGGAACCAAGGGGAGUGGUUUUAAAGUAUGAUCUGUUUGAUUGGUUGUUUGUCAACCCUGUGAUGGAGUAUGACCCUCCUUGCACUAAACUCAAGCAUCAAAAUUUACAGUAUAAAAAAUAUUAAUCUUGUUACUAAUAGUCUUAUUUGCUUUUACACAUCAUAAAAUUACUUCCAUGUUAAUUUCAGUCUAUUUCAUAAAUGUGAAAAAACUCCCUACUAGAGCUUUAAAAUCCUCCCUUCACGUCCUGUGUGAUCCAUCGUUAUCUUUAUCAUGGCUUCAAACUUGAAGCGUCUUAACAGUCUUGGUUACAAAGUGUGACACAAACACUGAAACAAAACAAAGAAACCAAACAUUUAAAAAAAAAAGAGAAAUUAAUCAUGUUGUCAUAGAAACCAAAACACAAACCAGAGAGCUGAUCUGUACUGAUGAAUGAGGAUGUGCUUCAGGGGACAUACUCCGCUUCAACUUCGAUAUAAAUAGACCCAAGUGACUUUUAAACUUUGUGAGUCCAAAAGUCUGGAUUAUUUGUAUGUUUCUGUAGUUUAAAAUCACUUAACUCAGAUUAAAUAAUCCGGUUUGACUUGUUCUUGGAUUGUCAAGUUAACUCUUUAAAAAUCUGUUUUUCUGUAUUUUUUCACGUACAUCACUCCCGCUGAUUUAGCUCCUUCACAAUCCGAAACGCCGUAGUCUGUGUUAAUAUUUUCCUGCUCAAACUCCCCCUCUGUGCCUCAUGGUAGUGAAUCCUUUCCUGUUUGAUUUCUCACCAUCGCUGUUAGCCUGCAGUGUUUGUCCUCCCUCCUCUCUCCUCUCGCUCGCUAAAAUCAAUGAUAGCAGCAGCAGAGGAGGAAGAGGAAGAAGAGGAGGAGGAGGAGCGAGACGCCGCUCUCCUCAUAACUGAGCUUCAUCUUCCUCCAGCAAAGUUUUCUUCAGAAACUAUUACUGUGCAUCAGAGUCAAAUUGCUUCGGUUUUGUUCUACUUGGCAAAUAUUUUCAGUCGACAUUUAUUUAAUAAAAUAUUGUUGCAGCUUUGAUAUUCAUUGACUGACUACCUCUCUCUUUAUCAGCACAACUAACAUCUCUCAACCAACCAAUCAGAAUCCGGUAUCUAUAAAUAAAUGUGAUUUUUAUACAUCAAUUGAUCCUAAGAGACAAAAACUAGGGCUGGGCGAUAUGGCCUCAAGUCAAUAUCACGAUAUAUUGAGCAGUCCACCUCGAUAACGAUAAAUGGACGAUAACUACUCCACAAGCUGCUCACCCCCUCCCACAUCCAAAACAAACUUUUAUUUUUGUAUUAUUUUGACCCCAAAUACACCGAUAUGGCUUGUAUCGUAAAUUUCAGUAUCUUUAAAUUUUUGGUUUAUCGCCCAGCCCUACUAAAAACUCUUCUCUGGUGACUCUGACUCAUUUUAAACUCAAACACUUAACACAUGACUCCAACACAUCCCAUAUUUUUGUCAUAUCAUGAAAACACCCAUCAUAAACGUUUGUACUCUGAGUUUGUCAUAUAAUAAUGACCUAACUUCUUCAAACUCUUCUAUUUCACAGUAAAAAUCUUCUACUACUCUGAACUUUACCUGUCGUUUCAGAGCGACAAAUCUGCCCCAUAAAUCUGCAGAUGCAUCAGUCAGCGCAUCUCUCUUUGUCUCUGCAGCUCUUACCUGUCUGUGGUUUUCCUGUGUUUGGUCGUCUUUGUUUUCUUGUUGGCGUUUGUGUCUUGGGCGGGUGUGAACUCGCGAGCGCGAUGCGAAAAGAGCGGUUUUGCGCAGAACUCUCAGACCUAAAACCUUUCACACCUCUGACCAGCUUUGUGCGUUUGCUCCAUACCUCACCUUUUCAUGCAAAACCACCGUUCCUGUCCGCGGUGUUUUCGGAGAAUCUGGCAGAGAGGGUGAAGGUCAGGAGGGAGAUUUUUGAUGCACACUUUUAUGUGUUUCAAACAUUCAGACCUUUCCUCCCUAUAUUCCUCCUUCCUCUAAAUCCUUGCGUCGUUCCCUUCCUCCCUCCUCUCCUCUCCUUUAAUCUCAUAACCCACCCUCUCCUUGCUGUAUCUUUUCCCUUUUCCUCCACUGCUCCCUGAACACAUCAGAGGGGGGUGAACGGGGUGAGGUUUACAGGAGGGGGGAGAGAAGAGAGCCGUCUGGAAUCCAUUAGCCGGUGGAGGCAUCAGUGUUUCUCUGUGGGAACCUUAUUGAUCGCCCUCUUUUCUAAUCACUCCUCCUCCGCUCCCUCCUUUCUGCCUCCUGCGCCAAUCAUACUCUCAGUCUCUCUGCCCUCCAUCCCCUCUGCUUCUUUUAUUUUUGCUAUUUUAAUCCUCCUUCCUGUCUUUUUUUUCUUCUUCUCACUUUCACACCUUACCCACGUGCCAAAACCCAUAACCAACAGUGACACAUCAUCAGCGUGUUUGAUAAUGGCAUGGAAAAUCUAUUAUCAGCAGCCUGCAAAGCUGCCACUUCCUACACGGGGGGGAAACUAUUUAGUCAAAUGCGGUUCCUGUCUUUUUGAAAUGUGCACACACCUUUAUCACCAGGUUCAGCCUUAACUCUGAAUUUUGGUGCAUUGUUGCAUCACUACAAAAUUACAGUAAUGUGUGCUAAAAUAUGACAGUGAUGUUUGGUCCUUAAGAAAACAUGAUCCUGCGUCUGCAGUGAGUUACUCUCCCAUUACAUCGGCAUUAAUAUCUGCGUUUUGGGAUGUCCUUCUAGGGCUGAGCGAUAAAUUGUUUUAUGGUUGAAUUCACAUUUAUGGUUUUGGUAUAUUUUCAAAAAUAAACAUUUAAAUUCUCUCCAUUAAUUCUUCUGCUGGUCUCCAACAGUUGGCCCUGAUAUAACCUUUACCUUCUCUAAUUAAAAAAGCAUUUUUCUUAUCACCUGUUAUUUUAAAAAAAAACUUUAAAAAAGUCAGCUGCUGGAGUUUUAGUUGAAGUUUUGUACCGUGAGAGACAAUGAAGUUUCAAAGUGACAUCAAUACCUGCCAUUUAAAAAAAAUCUCUGUUUUUAUUGAUUAUUUAUCAUUUAUUAAUUAUUUUUAUUUUCACCUUAAUAUUUACCCUAGAAUAAUAUUUCUUAAUAAUUUCAGAUUGCUGGACAGAACUCCAAAAGUCCCUUUACUUUAAAGAUGUAAAUGGAAGAAGAAUUAAAAUAAUAUUAAUGUUGUUACAGUGUAGUUCACUAUUUUUUGAAUCAACAAUAUUUUUAUUGGUUUUAUACAGACAUACACAGGAGACACAUUACAAACACUCUCUUUCCCUCAAAACCCCGUCUACAGCUGGAUAUUCUUAUUACUUUGUUUAAAUAACUAAUUCUGGAGCUAUAACAAAAAAAAAAUAAAAAUAUAAGUACAUAAAUCAAAAAAAAAAAGUGCAAGUAAGUGCUGGGAUUUGGGUUUUAAAGAUCUUGAAAUACAUAAGAUGCUAUUUUUUUAGUGUUUUAAAAUUGUAUUUUGUCAGACAGGAAAAAAAAAAAAACCUGUAUGACAUCAGUAUUAGAUAUUCGCUGCCGGGAAACCUGCUCCGACAUUAUUGGUAUUUGCAUCAGCUGUUGAAAAACUGUAAUCCGUCAACCUCUAAUCUCUUCAGUUUUUUGGAAUUGAUUCAUCGUGGGUGAUUUUGAACAAACCCAAGUGUUUAAUCGCGUCUUCGUCAUUUUGUGCUUUUAUUUCAAUGAGAAAAAGUGAAGGACUUAAAAGUCGUAAAUUAAGGUUUUUGAAAAAAAAAAUCGUAUUUAAUUUUAGUCCGUAUCCUCCAGCCCUAUUUCCUAUAUGAUCACCUUUAAAACCCAGUUUAAAUUCAUUUGCAUGACUGUUCAAACAAAUAUCAAAAACGACCUAAAAAAACGUAUAAAAUUUGUUAUUUCUGAUGUAAUCAUCUCCAUUUAUAUUCUUUACUUUUAGCUCUUAUGUUUGAGUUAGUUUUUUAAAAAUGAGUGAUGUUGAAAAUGAGUGUGGGCAGGACUGUAUUGCAUGUGGCCUAUCGCUAACGUCACGGUUUUACCAUCAAACAAAGCCACUCACUGGAAAACUGUCAUCUGAGCUGUAAUAUGUUUCAAGUUUACGGCCUGUUUCUCUUCAUGUGGUGUUGGAGGUGGUUUCCUCACUGUGUGUCAGGAAAAGGCAAAGAGUUUCAGCCGUGACUCACGCACAGUUUUCAGGUUUUUACUUAAAGCUCCUGUGAGGAACUUUUGGUUUAUGCCAGCUUUGGCGCCCCCUGUGGAAUCACUGUUUUUAGCACUUGUUGUUCAGCUAUGAAAUGCUUUGAAGCCGUAACCACAAUGAUGCAACACUCAGGUGUCUGUAAUCUAAAGUAUCUUUACUAGAACUGCACAUCAUCACAGAGAAAUCCAAUAUGGGAAUCAUGAAAUCUGCGAGUUCAUACAUGCUGUAAGCCUUGCUCUGAGAGAGAGGUAAUGGCUCAGAACAUGUGCCAGUAACAUCGCUCUCUCCCCCUCAGCUGUACUUAAUUUUUUAAGGUUAAUUAACUUUGUGUUCGCUUGAUUAGCAGCUGCCAUCUAGCCUUCCACUUUCGGGAAAAACAGUGCAGAGACCCGGCGGUAGGGUUGCAAAACUAUGAAGCUCUAUUUACCCGACACGCAACACUUUUCACUCGGACCUGAUCUUAUCUGAAUGCGCUGACAUACUUUAAAUAACAGAAAAAUCCCCCGAGUUCUAAUUCAGACUCAGACUGAGUCAAAUCCACCUUCAGCUAUUUUUCCCCCGUGGACUGGACGGUGCGUUAAGUCAAAUGAGAGUCCUUCACAAACAUGUUGUCACCUUAACACAACACUGUCAAAGCCAAAGUGUCAAGCAUGUGUUUACGCGUGUGUGUUUAGGUGCACCGCUGUGUGCAGCCGUGUUUACUCUGAGUGUGUGUGUUUGUGGUUAGUAACCAGCCCACUCAUGUUUUUCUUCUCACUUUGUGUCUUUGCAGGAAGUUUGGGGAGCGCCCUCAGCCACAGCGCCUAACGAGGUGAGCACACAUGUACUACACUCAGCAGAAUCUUCCCUCAGCACCUUGUUUUGUUGUCAUAGUGGUAUUUGUAUGGUUGCCUGCGUGCAGACUAUACACUGAGUUUUGGAGUACAGUAAUUCAUGACUAACGCAGUCGCCUGUGAAGUUCAAGUUGAUGUUUGAGCUCAUAAUGAAACUGAUAAUGUGGACGGUGUGGAAAAGGUCUGAGAGCAGCCUUGCUACCUGAUCAGGAGGUUUUUCAGGCUUCUCUUUGGUUGUUAAAACAAACAAAACAUCAACACAGAUACCGAUACUGUUACCGAUACAAACAUCAACAAGUCUCAAGCUGUAGCAUCACCACGUGUCAGGAGCUGAUGGUCAUUCAAAAGUAAUGAAACCUUCUCUAUAGGGCUGGGCGAUAUGGAGAAAAAGUUUAUAUAUUUUCUUUAAUACCAGUCAGUAUCGAUAUAUAUAUCACGAUAUAAAACCGUGCUUAUUGGUUGCAUGUCUUUUGCGAUACAAUAAGCUACAGCAUCUGGGAGGUCUUUGCGUCUCUUUGGCGUUUGGUCGUAAGGCGUUUUGCUAGAGAAAGCAGACUGAACGGUCGGCUGUUUCAGCUGCACAGGCGCCAUGGGCUCCUUGCGCCGAGGCAACAUGUACUCGACAUAAUUUACCGAAAUACCUCCACGCCACCGAUGCCAAUGUCGUCAACAAUGUCGUCAUCUGCAUUUCUGUCGGGGGUAGCACUCAUUUUCUUUUUCUCUCAACGACAGUGCUGUCGGCUUCACGUGUUAAAGUGCUAUGGUUGCGUGUAGCUGCAACCUGCUAUUACGCAGUUGUUUGCUACUUGGUUCUAAUUCAGCACAUGAUUGGUUCAGCGCGAAGUGGACCUGGAGCAACUCCCCUUUUUAUUGGCUAAUCCUAUAGUCUACCAAAACAUGGCACGAUGUCGACUAAAGACCGUGCUUCAUAUUGAUAUUGAGGAAAACUCAUUUUCGAUCUAUAUCGUUAUCAUUUUAUCGCCCAGCCCUACUUCUAUAUAUUGGUUGAUAUCGGCUCAAUAAAUCAGCCGACUGAUAUCUGUCAAAGUUAGGGAUGCAUGUCUACUGAACACAGAAUAAACACAAAUUUUUUUGCUUAAAAAAGCAACACCAUCAGCAUGUUUGUACACACGCUCACAUGGAGCAGCUGUAAUCCAUCAGCCUCCGCUGUGCCGCACCAGUUUAGCUCUGCUGUUUCUGAUUCCUUUGUCAUUUUGCACAUCGUGUUUGUCUGAUUUGUGCUGUGCAUGUCAAUAUGCCUCAAAAAGCAUAUUGACCAUGUUUUAUUUUGAUAUUGAGGAAAACCAAUUUCCCAUAUAUAUCAUUAUAUCAACUAUCAUUAUAGUUGAUAUCGGCCCAAUAAAUCAGCCGACUGAUAUCUGUCAAAGUUAGGGAUGCAUGUCUACUGAACACAGAAUAAACAGACUCAUUUUUUUCUUUAAAAAAACAACACCAUCAGCAUGUUUGUACACACGCUCACACGGAGCAGCUGUAAUGUGUCGGCAUCCGCUGUGCCGCACCAGUUUAGCUCUUCUGUUUCUGAUUCCCUUGUCAUUUUUCACGUCGUGUUUGUCUGCGCAGAAAUGAACAGCAUGUUCUGCAGUGAUUUGAGCAGAAACAGCCCAGGAAAAGCGAUGAUUCACCUUCUUCUGAGGACUUGUUGUUAGGAGCUGCACUCUGCAUGCACUGCGGCGCUGUACGUUUUUCAUUAUCCCUCUCCUCUUAUGUACGUUCCAACUCAUUUGGAGCAGCGUUUUGGGUGAACACAUAAUGUUGAUGGAUGUUGUGGCUUCUGGACGUUUUGUUGUUUGCUUGUUGCUUUCUUUUGUUACAGUUUUCCCGCAUGUGUGUGUGUGUGUUUGCAGAAACACGCUUGUUUUUUGCACGUGGCGCUCAGUGGGUGAAAUGAGGGGUUGCAUAUCGCCUGGAACAGCCAAGCUUGGAGAAAAAAAAGGGGGCCCCAGCACCUUUUGAUGUGUCCCCCUCUUCAUUCAUGUGUCGCCAGUCCGCUUAUCCUCGUUGGCCUCUUGGUUUUGAUGGCUGGAAAUAUGACGGUUUCACCCGGCAGGCUAAAACCUCCAACUAUUACCCCUCUAACACUCUCUUUGUUUUGCACCUCUGUGUCUGCGCACUCUUGUCCCCGUUCUUCAGCAACAACAUCCUCAUGAUUUUCUGUCAGGCGAAACACACAGACAGCUAAAAGGGGCUUUUUAGGGCAGCUACAGCUCCGGGUCCUGCAGGGCCGCCCUGUCAGGAAGGCUACUCGACUGGAAAUACAAUACAUGACACACAAACAGUAGAAAUGCGCACACACACACUCACACGCACGCCGAACACUCAGACCCAGACACACAAACAGACGCAUGAACGGCCAGGCUGGCUGAGCUGCCUCCUCUCGUAGGGAAGGGUUUCAUUCUUCCAAACAACAUCUCCUCCUCACAUGAAAAAACAGCAUCUUUUAGUCAUUAGCCUCCAGCUUCCUUUGACCUUUAAUAACCUUUGCUCCAGGCUGUACUUUUGGCUGUACUCGCACACUUAUACUUCCUUUUCUUUCCCCGUGCAUUAAGACUUCCAGACCCUCUCUUCCCCCGGCUGAUUGAGAGAAGCUGUCAGCCUUAUCCCCCUCAAUCACAAACAGUUGUUUUCUCUUUUUCUUCUUCUUCUUGGCGCGUUAACGCCGUGGGCGGGUUGACAAGUGUUUCUAAAACGAGGGGAUGAGUAUCCCCGGGACACUUUUUUCACCAUUAAUUGGAAAAAUACCAGUCAUGCAUUACUUCCUGAACAAUCGCACAGUAAAAGUGAAACUGCAAGUCAGAGACACUUCAUUUUACAACAAAUAAAACUGUUUUAAAAGCAGACGUUCACUGCUUUAACCAGGUAGUGAAAUAUCAGGUAGGGCCCGAUCGAUAUGGAUCUUUUGGGGUCGAUACCGAUUGUUAGGGGGAAAAAAUCCAAUUAAUACCAAUUAAUCUGACGAUUUUUUUAAAUUUUCAAUGAAGUUACAAAAAAUAUAUAUAUAUACUGUAGAUAUCUACAGUAUACUUUAUACUGUAGAUAUACUGUAGGCUACUUCUCUUCACAAAGGACUAGAAAAGCGUUUUCAACUACCCCGCCCCCUGCCGCUGAUCGGUGCCUCUGCGUCUUAACUCACAUUACUAAUUUUGCUGCGCCAUCUACAGGAUAAGUUGGGGAACUUUUAAAAUGGCGGAACAUUUUCGAAGUGAAACCGAAUCUUACUCUCCGCAUUUUAUUUCUGAAAAUAUCAGCGAGUUUUGGCGAGUUUUGGCCGAUUACCAAUUAGUCUCAAACUGGCUAAAAUUGGCUGGUUUAAUCUGCUUGCUGAUAAAUCGGUCGAGCCCUACUUUUUAUCCACUACAAAAUAUCCAAGUGCGUGACCGUGGCAAGCCCUCGAAAUUGGGUGUUUUGCCGUCAGACAGGAAGUAGUUUCUUUUUUCUCAGCAAUGCCAGAGAUAAAUAUAAAGGACAAGAUACGCAAUUGUGCUGUAGAAGCCUGUGAAGUUACGUGCUUACAUGGCAGCCAUCUUGGCAGGGGCAUGUUCUAAUGAUACAGAUUUUUAUUUAUUUUUUUGUUAAUUUUAAAAGUAAACCGUAUGAAAACUGGUGGAGAAAUGAGAAAGUAAUGAAAACAAGUCUUAUUCUUCGCAUUUUAUUUUGAAAAUAUCUGUGAAAAUCUGCGAGUUUUGGCCGAUUACCGAUUAGUCUCUAACGGGCUUAAGUUGGCCGAUUUAAUCUGCUCGCCGAUAAAUCGGUCGGGCCCUAAUAUCAAGACAUGAUAUUUCAUGAACCUGUUUGUUUGAGGCUGUUAUAGAACCUCACCAGGGCCGUCUGGAGGUCAUUCAUUAAACAUUAAACAUGGUUUUAAUGUCUUUAGGUCACUUCUGCGCUCAUAAAUAAAGAAUAGACGGCUGAUUGGUGGCGUCUUUGAAUCUGUGGAUGUGUGUAAUCUGGCUUUUGUGAUCCACACGGGCGGACGCUAAUUUGCAGUCUGAUCAUCUUAAUUGAGCUAUUUCACACAGCGCAUGUGUGUGUGUGUAUUAGCAUGGCCCUCUACUCUGUGCGUGUGUGUGUGCGUGUGUUCACAGGGGGGUCUUGUGACCAGCCGCGCUCCGCUGUAGACGCUGUGGCAGAUGUAGGGGACAGAUGCCUGUCUGCUCGGCUGCAUCUGUAGCCUUGCUUAACCCACCCCCCUCUGCCCCGACACACACUCACACACGCUCAUGCUCACACACGCCCGACCCCUGUAGCGCCUGCUGUUGAAUUUGUGUCCUUUUUAAAUCUGUCUGGCACAUUUUUGUCUCACUUGUCACGCAUUUCCUUUUAUCCUUCCACUCCACUGUGUGUAAUCCUCACUUUUUCUCGUACCUUCCUCACUUCACACCUCUGUUUUCUUUUCCUCCUCCUCUUUUUUUUUGACCUUUACAAAAACUAACUUCAUAUUUAAUGUGUCACCCAGGUGUCAUUUCCUUCCUGAGCAUCACUUUGGGGUUGGAUGUUGCACGUAUGACCUGAAUAACCACGCAUGUUCGUUUUGCUAAUAUGCACGGUUGCAGUUUUAGCCCUCUGUGGCGUGCAGCUUGUGGUAUCGCGUGUGUGUGUUUCAAUUACUACACAAAUGCCCAUUUCUCCCACUUCCUGACACUUAUGAAGCCUGUGAAGCAGAGCAUUGAUUUCCCCCCUUUUCCCCCAUCAUCCUCUAUUUUUAUUGAACUCUCUCUGUCCUAUUCUGGCCUUUCAGAGCGAAAUGUGUGUUUGUGGAUCUUCUUUGCACGCUUGUAUCUGCGUUUUUUUUUUGUCAUUUUGUGUGUCUGCACGCUCACUCUUUCAAAGGAAGUCAAGCCAUGCGCUGGUCACCGUCUCUCUCACUUCUGCUUCCUUUCAGUGCGCAGGAAGAGCCCUAAUCUCUAUCUUGUGUGUGUGUGUGUGAACAUGUGCGAGAGGUGAAUGAUUACCCAGACGUCCUUUUAUCCCUUUCAGCAUCAUUGAUCCCCGCAAUUCACUUACAGUUCAGCCUUUCAAGUUUUCCUGUCCUUUUAUUAAGGUUACCUCAGUGCGUUACAACAACCUUGUCUUUGCUGGAACGGUUUCAUAUUUCCAUUCACUGUUUUAUUGAUGCUCUGACUGACUUUCAACAGCUGAAACGAGCUUCAAACGGUUUUAAACAGUUCUUGUUUUCUUUUAACGCUGCAACACGUGCCGAGCAUAAGUAAACAAGACCAUUGGUGCUUUAAAAUGCACCUGCAGCUAAUCUAUCUGGCAUUAAAGCUCCUAUAAGGAGUUUUUUGACAUUCAUGAAACAAAGUGAAAUUCAUACUGAUGCCUUUUUAGGGCCUGAGCGCCAAGUAGUGCAAAAGACUGGAAUGAGGGAUUAUUUUUUCAUUUCUUUUCUGUGAUUAGUUGCAAAUUUGGAGCCCUUAUCACUCUUGAUUUUUUGUGGUUGCUUCAGACUUGGAGAAAAUAUGACAAUUUGGGGUGUUUGAAAAUGGAUGGGAUAAAUCUGCUCCAUGUCACCCCCAAGAGAUUUUCAAAAUACUAUUGACAUUAAGCUUUUUAUCCACUACAAAAUUUUAUCUAAGUGCGUGACCGUGGCAGGCUCUCAAAGUUGGGUGUUUUGACGUCAGACAGGAAGUUUUUUUCUUAGCGAUGGCACGAAUAGAAGACUGCGAAGUGAUGUGCCCAUGUGGUAGCCAUCUUGGCAAGGGUAUGUGCUAUUAUGCUGCGUUCGAGUUACCUCGGUAGACAAAUGUCGGAGCUGAAAAUGACGUCACACCCAAGUUCCCAGUGUUUCAGUUACCAAGAAAGCUACAUCUAUGAAAGUUAUUUUAGCGCUUGUCCGAAUAUAUGGCAAGCACUAAAAUAACUUUCGUAGAUGUUGCCAUCUCGUUUCCACCUCCAAAUUAGCUUUUUUCCGACUUGGUAACUGAAAAGCUGGGAACUCGGUUGUGACAUCGAUUUCGGCUCGGACUUCUGACUUCCAAGGUAACUCAAACGCAGCAUUAAUACAGAACAUUUUUUUUAAAAUGUUUUAAUUAAGUGGUUUGUAUUAAUAGCACGUUUUGACGUGGACAAUAAAGUAAACCGCAUGAAGAUCGGUUGAGAUAUGAGCAAGUUAUGAGUUAUUUUGAUCGUACAUGUAUUGCUUUUAAUGGGAACGAUGCCCGCACUAGCUUAGCCUCGCCGUAGGCUCGCAGCUCAAAGGGGCGUGUCGUAUCUAUAUAUACAUAUCUGUGAGCAGUGCUAAAUCAAUCUCAACCAAACUCACAACGCAUAAUGGGGAUCAAGACCAGAGCAUAUUCACGUACUUAUAUUACAUCUCAGUUAUAGCACCUCCUGGUGGCAGGAGGACAUGUCAUGCUGUCACUCGAGCUGAAUUUCAUAGACCGGUUGAACAGAUCUGCUUCGAUCCUUGAAAUGUUGAUCUUGAUGUUUCUGAGAACUAGCACCUCCUUAUUUCUGACACUUGGCCACGAUAGUAAAGAAUUCAAACUCACGGGGUUUGAGCGCCGUCCAAGCUUUGUUUUCUGCAUUUUUCUGUAUUUAUGUACAGCGUAUACUGAAUAUGUGAAUGAAAGCCAUAUGCUUCUUUACAUUUACUGGUGACAGGCAGAUCAUUUUUGGCCCAUCAAAAAUCAGUCUCGGUCUAAUCUUUUUACGCGUACUGUCAAUGUUUUCCUUCAUAUGAACGGCUCUAAAGCAUCCAUGAGCCCUUAUUUGGUAUCUUUGUCAACCUUGGGUUCCCCUCUAUAUGUGAAUGUAAACUCUGCGGGUUUGAACAAUGCUUGGCAGCACAACACGGGUCUGUAAAGAUGGACCCUCCACUGGGUUUUUGUUAUUGGGUUGACUCUCGGAUAUUCAGUUCCACUUGAUUGUUAGCACAUGUGAGCGAUCCGUGUCGUCCAUUCAAAGGUUAUACGGACAGCAUUGAUUAUGAGGAGAGAGCAGAUUACUGUAGAUUCAGAGAGACUGUGAGUGAAAGCUUAAUCUUAGGGUGAGGACGCAUGUCUGCGUUGAUCUCCCCAUAUUAGCCGCAGUGGUCUGGACCAGUUUGUUGAGCAGUGAAACAGUGUUAACCACAAGCCAGGGCUGUCGCACGAAACCAUCCCCACACUGCAGUGAGAUCCUGCUGUCAUAACAGAAGUAUGAAGCAAUGCUUUUGGAUAUUUACACACAGUAUUGGCAAAAAAGAAACUCAAAAAGACUUUGACGAUCGAGCCAGAGUCAUCAGAGCGGUUUGACGUUUAGCCUCAUGGAAGGAAACAAAUGAGCAAAAUUGUUUUUGAAAGUUUGCGUUUAUCUUUUGUUUGUUUUGCAUACUGAUGCCAGAAGAAAGCGCAUCACAGUAGUCGAGUCUGGAUUAAAUAAAUGCAUGAACGAUUUCCUCUAAGUCAGGAGGAGAAAGAAAAGAGUGGAUUUUAGUCAACUGUCUGAGUCGAGCAAAGCAGGACAGAGGAUAACUCUGUUCACCCUGGAUGACUCCUCUUUACAAACAUUUGCGACUGAUUAGCUUUGUAGCUAGAAACAGAGGUGAGGGGAGUAUUCAAGUCAAACAGGACACAAUGUGAGAGACGCAUCAGUGGUGACAGGUCUUAACACGGCGUAGAGCUGAGCGUCAUCUGCAUAGCACUAAAUGUCUUUACCAUGCCUACGCAGGAUUUGCCCCAGGGGUAUGUAUACAGUGAACAAAAGGGGACCCAAAAUAGACCCUUGAGGGACCCCACAUGAGUGGAGGAGGCAUUUCCAAGCACAACAGAUAGGAAAGGGAUAAAUCCAGCAGCGCAUCAUUAACUCCAACAUAGUUUCAGAUGACUGAUAAAUAGGGCUGGGACCAUGUGCUUCUCUCCCGAUUCGAUUCUUCUACAAUUGUUUGGAUGCCGAUUCGAUUUAAACUGCGAUUCUACAAUAUUGUCGAUUUUCUGGAUUUUUAGUCUGUUCCAGGAACCAUGUUUCCCCCAAAAAUACACAUCACAUGUUAGUCAGUUUUUAAGAUUUAUUCUUAAAUUAAAAAAAAAAAAAAAAAGAUUUUUGAACAAAAAAAUCACUUCAAAAUUUGUAAAACAAAAAUUGGGAUACUUAUGUGAAUCGAUCUUUUCUGCGACUGCUGAUUAAAACAAAUCUGGGACUAUUUAUAUUUAACAUGUUUGUUUUUUUCUUGCAUAUAACAACAUGACAGCAGGGGCGUAUCUAGAAGGUGGCCUAUGCCCCUCUUGAAACCUUAUUGGCCACCCCAGCAUCCUAAUAUAAGCGGCCAAUUUUCCUUUGCAAAGGUGUGACUAUUUCAGCUGUGUUUUUGCUAGCUGCUUUCUUAACAUUUCAGUGUCACACAUUUUCCUUCGUUUGUCUCAGAAUUUAUACUUUGGACACAGACUGUAUCGUCCUGUUGAGCUAAGCGGCUCCAGUUUAGCCCAGUGGUCAAAACUGUGUACUUCAUAUGUAAAGACUGGGCUCUUUAAAGUGGCUUCCCUGGGUUCAGAAUAAAAAAAUAGGAGAGUUAAACUGGGAGGAUUCAAAGUUGCCAUGACAUCUCUUUGUGUUUGGUAUUAUUCAUGGAGGAAGAAGGUGUGAGAUGCGAUUCAUUUCUGUGCAUGUGUCAAGAAAAGUCUGGAUCCACCUCGCUGUAAAGGACUCUCAGGGUUCAGAUGUGAACUGAGCAGUUUUUGUUUUCUACCAUCUCUGUUAUAACUCGGUUUCUAAGUCCCAGUUUAACCCAGUUUGAGUUUCAGCUCCAUCAUGAGCACUCGACUAUCAGCCUGAGUUUAAAUGGCUACGUGUGUGUGUGUGUGUGUGUGUGUGUGUGUGUGUGUGUGUGUGUGUGUGUGUGUGUGUGUGUGUGUGUGUGUGUGUGUGUGCGUGUGUGUGUUGUUUUAUCUGAUGUCACUCUUCCUGUGAGUCAUCAGAGGUGUACGGUGUCAUGUGCCCUGCAGGCCUGACAUCAGCAGGUUCAGAUCGAGAGGUCUCUCCGUGUCGUUUAUCACCGUUUUAGAGCCUCUCCUCGGGGUUACUGAGAGCGAGUGAGGCAAGCAUCCAGGAAGUGAGACUGGGGAGGAAAAAAAAAAGGAGUCGUCCUUUUAGACGCCUGAUUAAAAAGCUGUUUUCUUCAGAGGAACAGGUGGCGUGUGUUAGUGAAGCAGAGGGAGAGAGGGAGCAGAGACUGAAAGUACAGUAGUGACAGGCGAUAAAACGCGGUGCAUAAAACCUCAUCACUCUUCCUUCACACACACACACACACACACACACACACACACACACACACACUUAUAUUCACUGUGAGGGGGCCCCUUGCUUCUCAUAACAAAGGCCAUGUCUAACCCAAGUGUGCAGUGUGUGUGUGUAACUGUAUUUUUAUGUGUGUGUGUGUGUGUGUGUGUGUGUGUGUGUGUGUGUGUGUGUGUGUGUGUUUGCGUGAAGUCCUCAGAGCACCCAAACGUGUCAGGUGUCACUAACAUCUGUGCCUGUGUGCCAAUCAGGUCGCAGCGUUUUAACGUCCGUUUAUUCGAUGUGUCUUCUUUGUGUUCGUCAGCUUGACCUUUGACCUGCUUGCUGAACGUCUCCGCAGCUCUUCAGAUAUCACAAUUACUGAGCAAAAAUGUUGUUUGUGUAAAGACGGUGUGUGUGUGUGUUUGUGUGUGUACAAGUGUGUGGGCGGUAGAGGCCGAGUUGACAGAAGUAAUUGGAGCUUGCAACAUUUUUGACACGAGAGGAAUCUUUGCUGGUGAUCUCAGCUCUUUCUCUUCUUCGUUUCUCCCUCGAUCCUCACUGUCCCUCUGAGCCGGUCAUUAACGGUUCACCCCCACCUCCCUCCUUCAUCGUCCUCCUCCUCCUCCUCCUCCUCCUCGCCUCUCUUCUCCGUGUCUCAAAUGGACCCAGCUGGGGGAGAAGAGGAGAGCGUAGCUUUUCUGGCUCGCAGAUUGUGCAAGGCUUUCCAGAGGUCACUGCGAGUGUGCUGUGUGUGUGUGUGUGUGUGUGUCUCUGUAUGUUCUCAUUCCAUUCUUCACACUUUAGUUUUCACACACACACACACUCAUGCGCGCUCGUACAGCUUCAACACACCCUGUAUCACUUCACCUCCUCUGCUGCUCCGUUACUAAACGUCCCCUCUGUCUUUUGUUUUCCGCAGAGAAGCGAUGAGGAAUUACCUGAAGGAGCGAGGCGACCAAACUGUCAUGAUCCUGCACGCAAAAGUUGCACAGAAAUCCUACGGCAAUGAGAAAAGGUGGGUGACAUGAGAACAGCUGAAGACUGAUAUCUCAAAAUCAACAGUUUCAUUUCUACUGUCUUGUCAUUCUCAUAACUCAAUCCUACGUCAAUGAGAAAACGUGGGUGACAUGAGAACAGCUGAUUUCAACCCCUAAAAAAAAUUGAUAUCCCAAAGUUACCGUCUCAUUUCUACAAAAUCAAGUGUCAUUUCAACUGUCUUAUCAUUCCCAUUACUCAAUUCUAAGCUAAUGAGAAAAGGUGGGUGACAUACAAACAGCUGAUUUCAACCCCUGUGGAAAAAUAAUUGUUAUCCCCAAAUCAUCAGUCUCAUUUCUACUCUUAUCAUUUCCAUAACUCAAUCCUAUGAGAAAUGAGGAAAGGUGGAUGACAAGAUAACAGCUGAUUUCAACCCCUGGGGGAAAAAAACUGAUAUCGCAAAAUCAACGGUCUCAUCUCUACUGUCUUAUUACUCCAUAACUCGAUUCUAUGGCAAUGAGAAAAGGUGAUGAUACAAUAACAGCUGAUUUCAACCCCCGAAAAAACGAAAAGAAAAAUGAUAUCCCAAAAUCAACAGUCUCAUUUUUACUGUCUUAUAAUUCCCAUAACUCAAUCCUACGUCAAUGAGAGAAGCCAGCUGACAUGAAAAAAAGCUGAUUUCAACCCCUGGGGAAAAAAAAAUGAUAUCCCAAAAUUAACAGUCUCAUUUCUCACGUCUUAUCGUUCUCAUAACUCAAUCCUAUUGCAAUGAGAAAACAUGAGUGACACGGAAACAGCUGAUCUCUACCUCAGAAAAAAAACAUAAAACGGAUUAGUCAGUUUCAUUUCUACAAAAACAAGUUUUAUUUCUACUGUCUUAUCGUUCUCAUAACUCAACCCUACGGUUAUGAGAAAAGGUGGGUGACAUGGGAACAGCUGAUUUCAACCCCUGUGAGAAAAAAAAUUGUUAUCCUAAAAUCAACAGUCUCAUUUUUAAUGUCUUGUCAUUCCCAUAACUCAAUUCUACAGCAAUGAGAAAUGGUGGGUGACACCAAAACCGCUGAUUUCAACCCCUGUGGAAAAAAAAAAAACGAUAUCCCAAAAUCAACAGUCUCAUUUCUCCUCUCUUAUUAUUCCCGUCAUGUAUUACACUGACACUCAGGCCAAGCUAUUAAACUUGAUUUUCUCACUCCUGAAGCUCAACUUCCUCCUCCAACUGGUUUGUAAAGUCACCCGCUCAGAGUUCAGGCCCCCAGAGGGAAUGAAAACACACCUUUCAGUUCUCCUCUGCGCUGUUCUCGACCCUCCUGACCUCUUGUAUCACACGAGGUCGGAGGAGGAAGUCGGCGCUGACCUCCUGUGCGAGGCCGCGCUCAGGUGAAGGCCUCAUGCACCCUCCUGAACCUCGUCUGUGUUUCUCCUCUCCUCCGCUGAACUCACCUCCUCUUCCUCAAACCUUUCCUGUCACCUUUCUACCUCUCACUGUCUCAAUUUUUAUAGUGUAUCCCUCCCUCCCCUCCCCUCUUCUUCUCGUCUUUCUUAUUAUGCAACACCCCUCAGCUCUCCAUCCUCCGACUGUUUUCUCAACUCCCAGAAUCCUCGGAGAGCUGAGUAAAAACAGGGGAGAGAGAGAGAAGCAGAGAGGUCGAGGCUGAGAUGGAUUCCUCUGAUAAACUUCGCAAAUAUACACACUCUGAGUUUCAUGACCCCUCAGGCCCGCUAAACCCCGCAUGGUCGAGCCGUUUGCGUCAAGUCUCGCACCCCCGAUCGCUUCCGUCUGCGGCGUCACAAGGGAGCGAGAAGAAAGUAGGCGCAAGGAGAAUGCAAAUGUGCCCUCUUCCUCCUUCUUUCAUCCGCCUCUUGUCUGUCUGCGCUUUUUAUAGGAGGUGAAAGUAGACAAACACCCACAGAGACAGACAGCCGAGUUGCGAAAUAGGUCGCUUUCCAGUUCCACACUGACGCACACGAAUUUAUCUGAAGUGGUGGAGAAAUGAGUGUGUCUGAGGGGGCUAAAACUCUCACUUUUCUCAAUGGAGAUCCGCUCUAACCUUUUUAAAGUGAAACAAACAGAGAAGAGCAGGAAAAGUUGGAGUCUUAAAGAGGAAAAAGUCGACAGUUUUUUUUGUUUGGAGUCGUGUUUAUUUGAGCAGAUCUGUUUCAUGCUGGACAUCUCAUGGUAACGUCUGAUAAAUGAGGCCUGACAGCUCGAGGAAAGAGUGUUUAGUUUUACGUUUCUGUAUGCUGAUAAAAAGCAUCCCUGCCCGGCUUUUUGAAGGUUAGUGCAGCUCUGCCCUCUGCUGGUGGAAACUGGAAGAUGCAGUAACUCCAGUUCGUGCUUCUUGACAUUGUUGAACACAUUUUUUUUCUCAGUUAUUUUGUAAAAAACUGAAAUAAAAGGCGGAUUAUUCUAGAAAAUUUAGACUUUUUGGUUGCACUUUUUAUUAACCCACCUUUGAUAAUGCAUCAUAAGCACUAUUGUACAAAUAUGAAUGCAUUUAUAAGGCUUUAGAGCUUUACCUGGUUAUAAAUGUUCAUAAAAAAACUCACUUUAUGUAUCUAAAAAAUAUGUUAUUUCUAUGAUUCUCAAUUCAGAACAUGCGUUAUAACCAUAGUUAUGUAACUUCAUUUUUUUAAUUCUGUUGAAAUUUGUCUUCAAGUAGCCAAAGUUUCUGAGCUGGCUAUGUUGCUCAAUUUUCUGCUUUUGAAUCUAAAAGGAAAAAUAAGGGAAAAACAAACUUUUAUUUACACUAUCAGGCAAAAAUACGGUUGGUUUAAAGUGUUUUUAAUGGUUUAAAAGAGGUUGUUUAUCAAAGUUGUAGAAAUAGAGUCGAUUAGUUGACUCAAUUAAUCGUCUGAUUUAAUGAGUCGAUUAAUCGACCGAUUUAUAGACCAAUUUAUUGACACAAUUAAUGGAAUCGAUUAAUUGAUGGAUUUAUCGACUCCAUCAAUCGGCAGAUUUAGUGAGUGGAUUUAUUGACUGAUUAAUCAGCUGAUUUAUAGACUCAAUCAUGUUACCUGAUUUAUUAAUCGACUUGAUUAUCCACUCGAUUAAUCGGUGUGAUUAAUCGCCAUGAUGAAUUGACAGUCUGCUCUUUGAUAUAAGCGGCAUCAUGUCAGCAUCACCCAAUAUCCCCAUUAACCUUCCAGAUAAAACAUGCAUCUGACAGCAUAUCAAUUAUAAAACAGUAACUGAUCAGUGUUUGAUACAAACGCAGCUAUCAUGUCAGGAAUGAUGCUGUUUAUUAAUAAUGUUAAAAUGUACCUUGUAUAUCUCUUUGUUUUCUUACUAAUUUAAGAUAACACGGAAGUUAUCUUAAGAUGCUUGUGUCGAUAUUUCGCCGUAUUUACUCAGGUCCUACAAUUUUGUUUAUUUUUUAGGAUAUAAGAAAAAUACUGUGAUAUUGGUUGUAUUGAUAGGCUCCUGUUUUAGUGUUUUAUGGUUUUUUUUUUUUAUUUGUUUCUAUGUUUUUAAAUUAUUUUUUAAAAACAUUGAAACUAUAUUUUACUUUUUAAUUCUACUUUUAUUUUAUUUAUUGUUUUAAUUGUUUUUUAUGUCAUUGUUUUGUCUAGUUAUGUACAGCACUUUGUUCAGCUGUGUUUGUUUUAAAGUGCUUAACAAAUAAAGUUGAGUUGAGUAUAUAUCAGCCACCCUGCUGUCUCAUUUUCAGUAUCGGCAUCAUUGAAAAGCUCAUAUCUGUCGACCUCUAGUUGAAUUCUGCGAUUUGUCCCCACCUGUGCAGGUUUUUCUGCCCUCCCCCCUGCGUCUACCUGAUGGGCAGCGGUUGGAAGAAAAAGAAGGAGCAGAUGGAGCGAGACGGCUGCUCUGAGCAGGAGUCGCAGCCCUGCGCCUUCAUCGGCAUCGGAAACAGCGACCAAGAAAUGCAGCAGCUCAACUUAGAGGGAAAAGUAUGUCAACCGCAGAGACACGGUGGCGCUCUGUUAUUACCUGCUGCACACCUUUCCUUCAGGCGUUCGACUGUUAUGUUACAGGAAGUCUUUUGUUUGCCUUCAGUCGUCAAAUUCCAAACAACUUUUCUGUUGUGACAAGGAUGUUAUUGAUAGUUUAGCAGAAGUUUGACCCCGAUUUACAGCAGAGAAGGUUGAUUUAAUAUGUUCUCAUUUUCCUCCUGUCUCCUCAGAAUUAUUGCACAGCCAAAACCUUGUACAUAUCCGACUCCGACAAGAGAAAGCACUUCAUGCUGUCCGUCAAGAUGUUCUACGGCAACAGCGCCGACAUCGGUGUCUUCCUCAGCAAGAGGAUCAAAGUCAUCUCCAAGCCUUCCAAAAAGAAGCAGUCCCUCAAAAACGCCGACUGUAUGUCUGCGCCCCAGUGUUCUUCUUCACUAACUUCAAGUUUAACUGUUAAUUUGUUUGUUUUCAUUUAAUUUCAGCAGCAGACUGAGUGAAACUUGAGGGUUCUUUUGUUACAGUUUAUUAGUGGUAGUGUUGUUACCGUUCUCUGCCACAAGAGGGCAGUGCAGCCUAAGACCUGUGAGUAACAUUCAUGUUCGGGUCUUCUUGUCUCCACAGUGUGCAUCGCAUCAGGGACCAAGGUGGCGCUCUUCAACCGGCUUCGGUCUCAAACUGUCAGCACGCGUUAUCUCCACGUGGAGGGCGGCAACUUCCACGCCAGCUCCCAGCAGUGGGGCGCCUUUUACAUCCACCUGUGUAAGAAACCCGAUCGGCUACAACAUCACAGAGCAGAUUUAGAGAGAGGGACACAAAGGAGUUCUGAAUGAAACCAACGCCGCGUGACAAUAAUCACAGACUUUCUCUUCCUGUUUCGUUUGCAGUGGAUGACGAGGAGUCAGAAGGAGAAGAGUUCACUGUGAGAGACGGUUACAUCCACUACGGUCAGACGGUCAAGCUGGUGUGCUCGGUCACCGGCAUGGCGCUGCCCAGACUGGUAAAGAAACGCAUCAUUUCAAUCAGAUAGUGGAAAAGGAUGAUUCAUAAAGUCAAAAUAUCCAAAAACAAACCUUAAAAAAUGUCUUCUUGUCUCAUUCCUCUCUGUUCCCCUUUUUUCCUUCCAGAUCAUCCGUAAAGUGGACAAGCAGACGGCGCUGCUGGACGCCGACGACCCCGUCUCCCAGCUCCACAAGUGUGCCUUCUACCUGAAGGACACAGAACGCAUGUACCUGUGCCUUUCCCAAGAAAGGAUCAUCCAGUUUCAAGUCAGUCAAACACUUUCACACACUCACACGACGACCCCAUGAGGGAUGUUUGGUCGCUCUCUGAUAUUCAUGAAGGUUAUUUUCCUCCCCGUUCCCUCAGGCCACUCCAUGCCCAAAGGAACCAAACAAGGAGAUGAUCAACGACGGCGCCUCCUGGACAAUCAUCAGCACAGACAAGGCCGAAUACACCUUCUACGAGGGCAUGGGCCCCGUCCAUUCGCCUGUCACCCCUGUGCCUGUGGUAGAGAGCUUACAGGUACGACAGAAACCCAAGAGCGCCGCCGUGGACAGCCGUGGAUUCAGAGCAGACAGGUUACUGAAUAAUUUCUCUUUUUUACCACAGCUAAACGGCGGAGGAGACGUCGCCAUGCUGGAGCUGACGGGGCAGAACUUCACUCCAAAUCUGCGGGUCUGGUUCGGGGAUGUAGAGGCAGAAACCAUGUACAGGUGUGUCUCUUUCACACAUUUUCACUCUUGACUUGAAUCAACCAGAGUCCACAGAGGCAUCUAUCUAUUUCCAAGAUCCAAUAUCUGCGCCGGACCUGCUCGAUUUUUCCCUUUUUAGCAUACAAAUGGACUCAUUUUAGGAUGUGAGGACUUCUCAUGGAUCAAACCGUCACAGAUAUAGGCUAGAAGUUUAAUGAAUACGCUACGGAUGUGAGUUAGUUAGAUUUUCCAUUUGCAUUGUGAAAAGCUCAUAAAGCGCUCUCUAAAUCUGACAUUAUGCAGCAGAUCCUGUGAAAGCCGAGUGCGAGGAAUAAAUUCUCAUCUCUGAUAAAUCCCUUUACACGUCUUUUUUUUGUGCAGAUGAGCAGCGCGCUCUUUUCGUUUUUCGCCUCUGUACUGUCGUUGCCACAGCUACUCCUCCCCCCGACAUCCUGAGGUUUAUGGACUGGUUAGAUUUUUUUGUGUGUGUAUCAGAACCACCCACUGAGCUUCCAGGCAGAGACAGAGGACAGUCAGACCUCCCUGCCGGCAUGACUCGAGAAUCAGAUAAUUUCUUUGAGUUGUUUUGAAGAUUUUUUUCUGUGAGAGUGACAUUAGAAAUUCAGACGGGGCAUGUUGGGUCAGAGAUGCACUUCAGUGUUGCAUCUUACCCCCAAUUUUCACCGCAACCAGAAAGGGUUCCAAUCUGGAAUGGCAGCAAUUUUCCGCCAAUUCCUUCUGGAUCUGUCGGUGUGGUGAAGUUUGUGGCGGACUGGCGAUAAUGAGUUGUCUCUAUAAAGACAGCCGCAUAAGCAUAUGAGCAGUAGAUUGUGUCCUUCCAGAGGAGGAAAUCCACCUCUAGACGUCUAAAAUCAGCAUCUCUUCAUCCAUGGUGUCAUCGGGGUGAAACGCCUGAAACGCGCCUGAAAAGAAGCCGGAUGUUUUAUUUUGUGUCUGUGCCCGACUUCCUUUCCAGCAAGGGUUAGUCUGUGAUGAACUUAUCCGGCAGAGUCUAGCUAUCCAUAGCGGAACGGAAAGAAGCCGGUGGAAAUUGACACAUUAACUUUGAAUGGUUAUGAUCAGCUGUAAUCGGCGGAUACGGCCUUUUCAUAGCCGUGCCGGACGCGGUGGAAAUUGGGAGUUAACCUCACGUUUAAGACCAGCUCAAAAAAGUGGUUUUUUUUUCGUGCGAUUAUUUCGGACGUCAAUAUUUUUUUCGAACCCGUAUCCUGUCAUUACGAGUGUUCAUAUCACCAACGUUUUCCCGUCCUGCGAUAUUGCGGCAUCUAUUUUUUAAAGUUUCGCAUACUGUGUCAGAUUCACCGGUAUAUCCAACAUGGCCGACCGGCUUAUUGUUUACGUGUCGGAGAACAGAGUGAUUUUUGAUAAAAGACACAAAUAUUACAAAGAUUACGACCUGAAGGACAACUUGUGGAGAGUCGUAGCGUCGGGUUUCUCAUAUGACGAUGGUUUGUGUGCUUCAACAGUUUGCUAAACGUCUUUGUUUUAACUUCCAUCUGUGCUAAGUAACUUUAGCUCGUAAGCUAACCUGUUCAGAUACAACAUAACGUGUAUUUUCACUGUCUCAAACUCAAUCGCGUUGCUGUCACAGCACCGUUAGGUCUCGGUUGUUACCUUACAUUAAUGGAUUAUAGUUUAAUGUGUUUAUCUGGUACUGGCCCCGACUCAGUACAUGCUAUCAUGACAGACAGACAUCUCAACACUAGAGUCUAAACAGAACUGAAAAACAGUCAGUCAGCUGUUGUGUCAGUCUUCUCGCUUCUACCCGGUCGCUCGCGCUUGAUGUGUAAAGUCAGGCGUGUCAAAAUUCGCCUCCGAACAUUUCGUAAUUUCGCGUCAUAUAUUUGCGGCGUUCCCGAUGUGUAAGGACCUUUUAGGGGGUUGUUUUUUUUCCAGGGGCCAAUAUCAACUCUUAAUUGUUGGUUAUCUGUCCGCAUGUGUCACACCUUUUAUGAAGAAGGUCCUCAGUUGUUUGUUGACGUCUUUCUCUGUGUCGUUUCCUCCUUAGGUGUGCGGAGAGCAUGCUGUGCGUGGUGCCCGACAUCUCCGCCUUCCGCGAGGGCUGGCGCUGGGUGCGGCAGCCCGUCCAGGUCCCCGUCACGCUGGUUAGGAACGACGGCAUCAUCUACUCCACCACACUGACCUUCACCUACACGCCGGAGCCCGGGCCGCGGCCGCACUGCAGCGCCGCCGGGGCCAUCCUGCGGGCCGGAAACUCCAGCCUGCUCAGCAACAGCAGCCAGGAGGCGGCCUCCGGCGUCUACGGCCCCAACAGCACCUCCAACGCGGGAGUCACGUCCUCGUCCUCCACCGCCGCGGCAGCUGUGGUCUCCUAACGCACACCAGGGGGCGCCACAACACAAUAUGCCUUGAGAGGUGACGCACCACAAGGCGUAUGAAGACUAUGGGAAAUAAUAAACACAAACUGGCUCACUCUAAAGUGCUGCGUUUGGAUUUUUUGGAUACAAAGAAGCUGAAAUUUGGCGGGAGAAAGGAGCAGGGGAAAACCGGAAAGGAGGAGCGACAUCACAACAUUGUCAGCCAAUGGGAAUUUAAAACAAAGUGCUCCCCGCCACGCCCCCUCUCCUGUGGUUACUUCCGGGACCUGCCUAUCCAGGUCUGGUGUUUGGAAUGAGAGAAGUUCCUGCAGGCUCAGAGCACCAGCACCUUUCUACAUUGAACCACAACAACAAUACAUCCAACGUGCACAAAGAAAUCCCCCUCGAGAGGAAAGCGUGUUUUUUGGUGCCGCUCGAAGCCCCUCCCACUUUUUUGUUGAUAAUUAUUCCUUUUGUUUGGGUUACUUUUGCCUCUGUUUGUGGUCUCCCCUGUAGGGCGGCUGGAUGUAUUGUUGUUGGAGGGAGCGCGAGGAUGCAGAGGGACACAGAAAACGUGAGGACGAGAUAGUUUUUAUGGACCAAGGAUCUUGUAUAAGCUUUAGUAAAGGUACAUUUUUCUCCAUACCUUUUUGUAUUAAACAUAUAGUACACUUUUGUUACCAAAUAGUUUCUAUUCUUCCUCUGAGCUCGGGCUUUGUUUCCCCCUUUUUUGAGGUCCAAAACCCCGGCCUGUAUGUUAUGUGACCUUACAAAAAAACGCCUGCUUUUUCAGUCUUUGGAUGAACUGUUUUUUUUUGUUUGUUUGUUUCGUUUUGAUACUCUUCGCUUCUUCUGUUGGGAAAAACAAAUCUGAAGUCUGGGUUGUUUAUUUACAUGAGCAAAUUUUUUUUUUUUUUUUUUUUUUAAAAUGGGGAAUAACCUCAGAGGGCCUAUGUUUUAUCAUUGGUUUUUUAUGAAGUCUUUAAAAAGAAAAGCUUUAAGCAACGCCUCUGCCUUGCCUGCAAUACUCUAUGUGCGCUACGUCUCCUUACACACAUCAGUACAUCUCACAUGGAGCUGCGUUUGCAGAAUACGUCAGAAACGAGACUUCCACGGUUACGACAACGACAACACCGCGUCAUUUAAAUGUACUUCAAAGAUAGCCUUAGUACUGUAAACUCUUACUGUGCACACAUAUCUACAGUAAUAUCCUGUAUCUGUCGCUCUAUUGGUCACUGUUAACGUAUCCUAAACUUAGCGAGGUGUCUUCCAGUGUGUGCUGUACUUCUGCUGGCAUUUAACUCCAAAAAAAAAGAAAGACUUUCCAAUUUGAUGUGGCCUUACUGAUAACUUCGAUUACAACAAGAAAGAAACCAUAUUAUCUCCUCUGCUGUUUACUCACCGUGGAAGAACCUGUGCACGGCACAAAAAAAAACAAGCUAACGCCUCGCUUCUUAUCGCAGGAGCUCCGCUGCUCCUGAGCUCACCGCUGCAGCUCCACGCUCAAGCAGCCUUCUGAAGGACAUCUACGCCUUCUUCUUCUUCUCUCUUCUUCUUCUUCUUCUUCUGUGGUGUACAAGUACAAAUACGCCCGUUUUUUUAUUCUCAUGUGGUGCCCAGCGCCUCUCCACUUUUUUGGUACAACGUCUCACGAGCGCUGUAGAAGCUCUUUUCAGCCUUCUUUUCUAAAAAAAAACAAAAAAAAAACAGUCGGAAAAAAAAAAAACAUCUCCUGUGGUUUUUAUUAUCUUUGCAGAAAAAAGCGUGUGUACAUUGUUAAAAACUCACUGUCCGAGUUAGUUGCACUCAUCUGUUUCCAUGGCAACCGCUGCAUCUCCUGUAGGAGCAUAAAGGCCUUCUAAAUGUGUAUUAUCGAAGACGUGCAUUUUUUCCGAAACAUAACAGCAAUAGUGUACAGGUGAUUUCAUUGUCUUUGUCCGCCUGAGCACGAGUUCACCAGCCAGCAAAUCUGUAUGUAAGCGUGUGUGAGUGUGUGUGUGACUGUGCGUAUGUGUGUGUGACUGUGUGAGUGUCAUAUAUAGUUGCUGUGAUGGAACAUUGAGUCAGACUCGCUCCAUUUUUCAAAGCGUGCUCUCCAAAAAGAAACAACAAAAAAAAAAAACAAAGAAAAACCUCCACCGGGGGUUUUUCUGUCUUCCACCGUGAUCCAAAUGUCUGCUAAUUUUGGAUAACCGUUCAAAGGCAAUACUUGUGAAUUUAAAGUAUUACAGUACGACUGUAUACACAUCUGGGAAAAACAAAAAUGAACAAUGAUACUGUAACUUGAAUGUCUGCUUGAUGAAGUAUUUUCUUCUUACAAACAAACCCUUGAAACAGGAACAAAAAAGGAUUCGCUUGCACCCUUAAAGACAAAGUAACCCCGCCCACCUGUCAGUCAUUAAUGUUAAAUGUUUUAUAUUGUAAUAUUGAUAUUUUUUAAAUUAUUGGUACAAAGUCUCCCCUUGUCUUAUGUCAAAAAAAAAAAAAGAAAAGUGCAUUAUUGCCCGUGCUGCCUAGGUUGGCCGGGGAGUGUAUUUUUUUAAAAAAAGAGGCCACUUCCCGUCUAUCCUGGAAAAAAAACAAACCCGGAGGAGGAAGUCGUCGGUGCUGCAGCGACAAGUGUAGCAUCCAAAACCAAUUUUGCGCUUCUUCUUCCUGAACCCUUUACUCUGCAGGAUGGAGGUCCGAAAAUCUUAACUGUAGAUUUCUAACUUGAGUGUUUUCCUUUUUUUUUUUUUUUCUACGUUUACUAGCUCGAAAUAAAAAGCGUUUUUUAACAAAGCCUCUGCAUUAGCGUCACACGCACCCCCUUCCCCUCCUAAUCCCCCCGCCCUCCCCUAGAGCUCGGAUAUUCUUGGGUUUUUGUUUACAAGUCCAGACGCCUCUUUCGAACCCCCUCCCCCUCUCCGCCUCUUCAUCAUCUCCUCAUGCGAGUCUGAACAGAGCAGCUUCGUCACAUCGGCUCGUGCUAAUAAAGGGGGUGAUGCAUGCUGUUGAGAAAAAAAAUGUGUCGCCUUGACAAUCUGAGCUGGUUUACAGUCGAUGUUUCUCUUAAAAGUGGUGUUUUUUUUUUAAGAGAUCUGGAGGAUACAGGAAAAAAAAAAGUGGUCGAAAUGUUACAUGACUUCUUACAAACACGCUAUAUUAACCUAGCGGCGAAGAAGCGCUAUCACAUUAGCGAUGCUAACCGGUUUCUUUCUCUUUGUGUGUCUGGUCAUAUUUUGCUCUUCCAAAAGCAGCUGUUUCUUUAUGUGUUUGUUUUUUUCUUUUUUUUUUUUUAUAAUAAUGAGCUCUGAACAAUGUAUGUAUCCUCUAAUAUGCCAAAUGUCUUUUUUAUAAUGUAGAUUUCAUGCACUGCUAAACAAAAAAACAGGGCAGAGUGAGAGGCAGCUUUAAACGAAUACAAAAAAGGAGUGUGGAGCCCUUCUCUGUCGCACUCAGCCUUACUUCUCCUUAAGACUAUGUGGCUGUUUGCACUACAGAGCGCUAACCUUUCUCUUUUUUCUCUCACACAUUUCAUCCUCACUCUUUAUCGCUCAUGUUUAUGUUUGUACAUUUGGAGUUUCCCCCCCUUCUCCCUCCCGUAUUUUUUUGUUUUCAAUACACAGCCUGUUAUGCUAGCUUUGCUACAGUCGGAUCACUUUUUUGUUCUUCCUCCUCCUCCUCCUCCUCUUCCUCCUCUUCUUCUCCAUGUCCUUUCACUCUCUUUCACUCUCACUGUAUCUGUGUAUUAUUCUAGUAAAUGGUAAGCAGAGGUGUCAUUGUGGUAGUUAUACUCAGUGCUCAAAGGGUUGCUGAUGGUAGAAACCUGUGCCGUUUGUAACAUUUAGCAAUAAAAAACAAAGGGGACGGUGUUUUUUUUUUUUUUUUGAUAACAUAACGUUAGAUUUGUUUUUGUACAUAUUGCAGCUCCAGAUCAUGCUCAAAAAUCUGUAUGUCAUUAAAAGAAGAAAAAAAGGAGAAAAAAACUUGCAAUAUUGGCAUAAAAAUGAGAAAUAAAAAAGUGAUAUAAAAUCUUA